GGUUGUGCGGAUUGACUUGCCCCAUUCGAACCCGGCUUUACUCAGCCCAGAUGUUUCUGGACUACAACUCCCAUUAUCCCUGACCAUCGCAGCUAUGUUGCUCUGCGGCUGGUGGAAGCUGCAGUUUAACAACGGGGCAGGGGCGAAGGUUCACCAACGAGAAACAGUCGAUAUUUUAUUCUUUGGGAGUUAUACUUUGGGAAGCAAGAGGCAGCAAGCCACCUCACCCACCUCCCCUCCCUCCAGCAGCUGCGAAUGGGCUCCUCCUAUCCGAAUGAGCUUCAGAAAGAAACCUGCAGAUCGGUAGCUCGGCGUUGCUGCCGCUGCGGGAAUCGAUAGCUCGGUGUUCUUCGCGCCCGGCUUAUUUUCCCCGCCCGCAAGGAGGAGGAUUGGUUGUUCGGCGCUCUUCCUGAGGGGAUGCUCAUCGAUUCGCUCCGCGGGUAAACACGCUGGCGCGAGCCUAUGCACGUUGCGGCGGCGCAGGCGCGGAAGCAACCCUGAAGGAAGGGGAAGUCACUGCGAUUGGUUCCUUGUCACUCUGGCAGGGGACUAACCGGCAGCCUUUGAUAUCCAGGUGACAAGGUGAGGGGUGUGCUGGGCUGCGAAGCCCUGGCGCCCAGGCCCGGCGAGCCCACCGGGGGUUUCUUCGCUGUGACUGGGCAAGGGGGACCUCGGCCGUCUUCAGCUGUCCAGCAUAAUAAAAGAGGCCGAAGUUGCCAGGGGACAUCAUCAAACCCCGCCUCCUUUGCUUUUGAGGCCGGGGGCUGAAGUCCGUGGGCGCUGCACACAGGCUUUAAUACCAGAGCUCAGUUGUGGGACGCCUUUGGCUUGCUUGCCUGAAUUUCUAGCCCUCGCCAGGCCAACCCAGUAAGGCAAGUACUGUAAACACAAAAGUAAAAUUCAGCAUGAAGCAAUAAAGGAAAAACCUCUGAGCAUAUGAAAAGUGUGUUUCUCCCGAGCUACCACAACCUGUCCUGUCCCAGAAGAUUCUGCUCUGGCCUCUCUGGUUUUAUAAACUGGAUCAUUGUGUUUCAAAUUUUGAGUUCAGCUCUGAGGUAGACAUCCUUUGAGAGCAGGUUAGCCUGGUUGGGAGCGUGUUAAUUGUCCGUAAAUAAGAGAUUAGGGUGAUGGUUGUGCUCCAAGGCAGUGCCUGUAGAUAAGUUCAGGGGCAGUUGCCUCAGAGUGACACUAGCUCUGCAUUUUCUUCCCCAGGUGACUGCGUAUUUGCUGAUUCUGUUUCUAGAUUGCUCUCUAAUUUGUCUUUCCAGAUCUUUGCCAUGGAGUUUCAAGCAGUGGUGAUGGCGGUUGGGGGUGGAUCCCGCAUGAUGGAUCUGACCUCAAGCAUCCCUAAAGCUCUCUUACCUAUUGGCAACAAACCCUUAAUAUGGUACCCACUCAAUCUGCUGGAACAAGUUGGUUUUGAAGGUGAGCACCAAACAUUGCAGAAUGCCUAUGAUAAGAUGACUUGUGGUGUGAACAAAUUACACAUAAUAUCAGAAAGAAAAGAGAGAUGGCAUUGUAUUUCUUGUUUGCAGCAGGUGUAGAAAUGAGCUACAAAGAAGAAGCAAAAUUGGAGGAUUUUGCUUCAUAUAUGCAGGCCAAAUAAACCCAAACUGUCACCCUACUCUUCAAGGGGUUUUUGAGGGAGGGGAUCACACAACAUAUAGUUAAACUAUGGCAUUUACUACCACAGGAUCUGGGGAUGGCCUCUAAUGUAGUCAGUUUUAAAGCGGAAUUAGACAUAUUUGUGGAUAGUAAAAGCCAUCAGUGGCUACUAGUCAUGAUCCCAGGAUCAGAGGAACAGUAUCUCUGAACACUGGUGUGUGGAACAGCAGGUGCUGGGAAACAAGAAUGGGAGAAUUGCUUGAGAAUUGUGCUCAAGUCCUGCUUAUGGGCUUCCACAGAGGUGACCGGUUGGUUGCUCUGUGGAACAGGAUGUGGCACUGGAUGGAUCUCUGUUCUGGUCCUGAAAAGCUUUUCUUAUAUUCUGAUCCUGUGACUGAUAUAGCUUGGUAAUUCCUGUAUUUAAGUGUAGGGUUAUAUGCAUUGGUGUUAUAUAUGAGUGUUCUAUAGUAUGGUCAUGAUCCAGAGGGAUGCAUAUGCCAGAAUUAUUCUUAUUGCUUUUCACUUUUGGGAUUUGGCAUGCAAGCAGCAAAACAGUGCACAUCAGCAGCAUUAUCUUUUGUUUUAAAACUGUUGUGCCAAGUUUCAAAAAUGCCUUUCGAGUCUGAGAAAGUUUAAAGUUUUGGGGUUCUUGUAGGGCCAACUUCUGUGAUGAAAACACAGAAAAAAAUUGAAUGUAUGCAUCUUUUUAGGUUGCCACCACAAUUAAAUAUAAAGAAUAUAUGUGUCUCUCAAGAGCCUAUUUAAUAUGGGGCAGCUAUGCGGAAUCUGGAUUUCUCUAGAAUAGUUUGGUUCAUUUUAAUAUGAUUCACCAGAUUGUGGCUUGCAGUUAGUUUAAAGUACGGUAUUUACUCGAGUCUAAGCCAACCUGAAUAUAAGCCGAGGCACCUAAUUUUACCACAAAAAACUGGGAAAACUUAUUGACUCGAGUAUAAGCCUGUUCACCACACCACAAACCUGGUGGUGGUGGCGGCGGAGGAAGAACAAGCAGCCCAAAAGGGCUGCUUUCGGGCUGCUCAUUCCUCCGCCGCCGCCUACAGCGGCAAAGGCGGAGGAGGAGGAAGGAGCAGCCCGAAAGGACCCUCACUCGAGUAUAAGCCGAGGGGGGCUUUUUCAGCAUAAAAAAUGUGCUGAAAAAAUCGGCUUAUACAGUACCUUUCUUCCAAGUGCAUAGGUAACAUUUUCCAGGUAUAGCUUUCAAAUAGUAAAUUGUUGUUUGUAUACUGCUUUUCUGCCCUAAUAGUUCUCAGAGCAAUUCACAGUAGUAAAAUUGGAUUUAUAGGUAGAUUACUGCCUCUGCAAUAGUAAAUCUGGAAUACCAGGUACUACUUAUGGUAUUAAACAUUGAUGUCAUCUGGCUUCUGGCCCUGUUCUCCUGAAUUGUGAUAGCUGCAAAGUGGGGUACUGGGAAACAGAUGUUCUUCAAUUGCUCCUCUCAUGCAGGUACUCUUGCCAGAGAUCAGACAUUAGCCAAACUUACCCAACAAGUUUUGCUACCCCUAACAAGUGGCCCUGAGAGUUGAUGGUUUACCCAAGGUGUGUGAUUAAUAGCCUAAUGGAGGAGUUGGAUCUGUAUUUCCCACUUCCAAACUAAGCAUUCUAGAUACUCUUCAGAGUGAGGUGUUCUUAUGUACCUAUAAAGUCACAUGUUUCAAACAUGAUCUGUUCAUGUAAAUAUUGAGUGUCCAUUUAAGUCCAUGGAAUGCCACACUGAGCAGAGGUGCUAACUUUCUUAUACUUUGAUUGUGAACUCCUUUAGGUGAGACUGUUGUCCUCAAGGCUCCUGUGUCACAAAUAUAAAAAUAAUGUCAUAAAAUACUUAACUCCACAAAAUGUUAACUAUUUACAUAUUCUACUGCAGAUCAUUUUUAGUCAGUAAAAAGCAGGUUUUCUAGAUUUCUCACAAUAGCAGCUGGUCUUGGGGAAAAACAAGCUUUGAUUGAUUCAGAUUCAGUUCAGUAGACGAGCAUAAUAAUGUUAUAACUUUUCAUAGUUGUACUCAUACAACAUUUUCUUCUGCACUUUAGAAGUCAUUGUGGUUACAACAAAAGAAGUUCAGAAAGUGCUAAACUUGGAGACGAAGCUGAAGCUUGAUAUUGUAUGUAUUACUGAUGAUGCCGAUAUGGGGACUGCAGACUCACUGCGGCAUAUUCAUGAGAAAAUAAAGGUAUUACUGUAUUUUAAAAUUUUACUUUAAAUUAUUCAUUUAACAGAAUUUUUAGUAGAUAUGGAUAAUGCAGUUAUGUAUAAGGAAAAGCUAAUAACACAAUUAGUACAAAUAAGUGUUCUAUAAUGAAGAAAUGAAAUAAACUUAAAAAUAAAUAAAUAGAAGAAAUAGAAGAGGGAAAAAAAGAAUUAGAUUUCCCAUAUCUAGAUUUCCUGUAUCAGAUUAAUGGUUGUUCUUAAUCAUGGUACAUCAUGCUAAAUCACAAUUUAGUAUGAUAAAAUGAGCUGCAGUGAACCUUUGCUCUCCAAUGCAACUGUGAGAAGGAGUUUGGAAGCAUUUGCUUCUAUUGUGGUUGUUGUACAGUCAUACCUCGGGUUGCGAACGCUGCGGGUUGCACGUUUUCGGGUUACGGACGCGCCGAAUCCAGAAGUACCGGAUUGGGUUACUUCUGGGUUUCGGCGCUUGCAUAUGCACAGAAGCACUAAAUCACACUUUGUGCAUGCGCAGAAGUGCUGAAUUGCGUCACGCACGUGCGCAGAUGCGGCACUGCGGGUUGUGAACGCUGCUGGUUGCGAACAUGCCUCCCGCAUGGAUCACGUUUGCAACCCGAGGUUCCACUGUAUUAUCAAAAUCUGACAAACUUUGACUAACUAUGGUUUGAAACAAGUCAACUUUGUGCUAUGAGUGAUGAAACUAGCUUAUUUAAAAGAACCAUAGUUAACAUUAUUCCAAACUGUAAACUGUGGUUGAACUGUUGCUGUGCAACUAAAAGCAUCCAAUCUCAACUUCAUAGCAGAGUGGGGAGGCAGGGGCAGAACAUGGUAGCCAGAGGUUUUCUGCAGCUUGUUCUUGUCUCACUGAACUAUAGUGUAAUGCCUAUAUGCAGCCAAUAAUUUUAUAAUUUUAGCAAUCUGCCAGACCUUGUAAAGUCAUGGAUAUGUUUUUGAACUUACUAUUUCUCCAUUAUAUUGUACUUGAGUGAAUUUCAGUGAAUAGAUUUGCUGUUCAUUUCAGUCAAUCCCUGGGCACAGCAUCUAAGAUAAUUCAACAUUUGAACAAGUAGGUCAUGUACACCAUCCUAAGCUCCUUGGAGGAAGGGUGGGAUAUAAAUGCAAUACAUAAAUAAAUGUGAAAUAUUAAUUCCAUUAUUUGUUUUGUUUAAUACCCUUAUUCCCAAAUCUAGUAAUAAUAAAUACGUUCACUCCAGAUGCCUAAUAAUUCUUCUAAGAGACUUAGUCCUUUUGAAACACAGAAACAAAAAGGAUGGAUUCUUACCAUUUUUGUGUAUUUCUCAUGGUGUAAGAUAUCGGUAAAACAGCUUUGUAAAAAAUGUUUUAGAUUUAUGGGGGGAGGGGGGGACCCAAACCAGAGCCUAUGUAAACCAAACUUUUUCACACUGUUUCAUGCCUUCAGUACUUUCCCUCUUGUAAGAUAUUUUGUUAUAAUUAUAUAAUCUCCAUUGCAUAAACACCAUUGCUAGCUAAUAACCAAGUAUUUUCUCAGAUAUUUACGCAUAAUCUUAAACUACUUAUUUACGUGGUUGCCUUGCCCAUUGUUGUGCUACUUCCUCAUGUGAAAGAUUGUGGUGUCUUAUUAUAGCCUUUAGCAGAGCUGGCCAAAGGCAAAUAGUGCCUUUCCUAGUAAUUAAAAUGGGACAUGAUCUGCUGAAAUAUCCUUCUAUACAAGCUGCCUUUGAAAUGAGAUGGUUUACUUGCUCUUUCCCACGCAGCUGAUGCAAAUGCCUCCUCAAAUCUGGAAUCUCAGGUGGCUGUCUUCUCUCUCUUCUCUAGCCAUACAUUAGACCUUGCUAGUUUGACUGGUUAAAAUCUUUUUCAAACAGGCAUGCAGACAAGGGAGGGUUUCAAAGCAGGCAAGCAGACAAUGGGGACUCGAUAUAUUCUGGAAUUCAUCCCAGGUGCUGAGUAACAAAGUGGAGAAAAGUCUUGUAAAACAGUUUGGUUUGUUGGAUUUGUAUCCCACCAACUGACUGUAAAACACAGUUUCAAAAUAUUCCAGUUAAAAUAAAAGCGAUGUUUUUCAAACAAAAUUAAAAAUCCAAAAUGUUCAAAAACAGCAAAUAAAAUACCCCCCCCCCCGGUCAGUUUAAACACAAAUGUGAAUUGGCUGUCUUACUGAUUCGUAACAACAAUCCAGAUAUAUUCUGAGUUGCUCUUGUUCCAGAGCUGCCCAAGAAAUGUUGUCUUUUCUAAACAUUAAUCCCUUCUUUAAUCUUAGUUUGUAUAAUUAAUAAAAGAAUUUCAGGAUUGGGAAUGCCAUGUCACCUUUAGCAUGUGAUUUUUCAGUGUUCUUAGAAAAAAUCAGAAUGUUUUUUAAUUUCAUGUGCACUCAGCUGACUUGCUUAAAAAUACAUGAAAGGUACAUACAUUUGGAGACAUGGUGCAUUGUUUGUUACCCCAGUUCAAGUGGUUUCCUCACAUUUAUCUAUUCUUCCCUUUAAUUCAAGUCUGGAGGAUUUUCUGCUUGAUUGCAGAUUUGUUGUGUGUUUAGAUAGGGUAUUGUGCACAGCCAUUCUUAUCCUAUGUCCUAAGUCAUGCUACCUAGCAGAAUAAGCCAUGAUGUCACAGGUGUGGGCUGGAGUAUAGCAAAUGUGCAUUAUGUACCAGUGUUGUAUGUAAAAAAUUCUGGUAGAUCCUCAGCAAGAUGACGCCAAACAGAAGACAACCAUGUUCUAACACAGCAAUUUUCCAAGGGUUUCAGUGAUGUUGCAAUACACAUCCCUGCGGUGCCUUACCAGACACUUUGUUUAGGAAUUAUUCUCACAUGACUCUGCACAUGUUAGACUCCAUUGGAUAGCAGCUGCAAUGAUUCUUUGGGAGCCACCUGAACUGAUUUCUAAAGGUUCCUCUGUGUCUCUUGGUCCUCUCUACAACUCUUCUUCAGAGGCUUAGGAGAAGAGGCAAGAUUAAAGGGAAGGUAUAUAAAAAGAUAGUCAAAAGCUCAGAAGUGCAGUGGAACUUUUCACUAAUAAGAUCCUUAUAGUAACCUUCAGAUAUCCUCUUAGCCUUUGUAAAAAGGGUAAACUUUAGAGAGACACCUGAGCAAAUUGCCUGGUAUGGCUUUUGAAGGCAUUAUCUGUGGUUCUUAAAAUUACCGUAUUUUUCGCUCUAUAACAUGCACCCGACCAUAACACGCACGUAGUUUUUUAGAGGAGGAAAAUCCGUAGGCAUGCCACCCGUAGGCAUUCCCUCCAUAACACGCACAGACAUUUCCCCUUACUUUUUAGGAGGAAAAAAGUGAGUGUUAUGGUGCAAAAAAUACGGUACCUACAAUGCUACAUACAUACAAUUAAUGCCAAGAUUCUUGUUACUGAAGCAGUUCUUGAAUGGGUACAUUGUUCUGUUUGUAUUUAUGAAAAUAAUUAUAAUUUUUUCCAAUUAGUUUUACUCUGGUAAUGAUACAGGAAAAGGAAGAUACAAAUAUCUCUGGGGACUAUGAAGAGGGUCUGGAAGCUAUACUGAAUUCUGUUCAUUGGCUGCCGAGUGCUGUCUAUCUUUGGUUUAAGUCUUCUGUAGAAAUAGCUUUCAUUUGCAGACGUUUUAGCACUCUGUAUCGUUGUCUUGCUCUCUGUGUGCCUUUGUAACAUUGAGUGCUUCCAUUUUAUUUUAUUUUUAAAGGGGUUCAUGAACUUGUUGAAGUCAUCAUAAUGUACAAUGCAGGCCAUCUUCCCAAGGAGAUUCCUGGAAGUCCUGGCCAUUUCAGUAAUUCCAUAGCAAGUCAUUUGGUGUAACAUCUGUAAUGCAAGUGGAAAACAUAGGAAAGUGCAUAACUGGCAACUAACUGAGAGGGUGGAAAGGAGUUAGUGUGAAGAAGCUAAAGAUGCAGAUUGUGAUUGUUAGCAUAUUGGCAUUCUGAUCCCAGACUUUGCCAAGAUGCAUCUAUUGUAUCCUCAGUAAAUUCAAGAAAAUUCUAGGUCACCUUAUGCCAGCAGCAGGAAACCUGUAGCCCCCUCCAGCUGUUGCUGAACUCCUUCUCUUACCAUAUCUUACCAAUGGCCAUGGUGGCUGGGAUUGAUGGGAACUGGAGUCCUACAACAUUUGCAGGGUUACAGGUUUCUCAUUGCUGCCUUAGGCCAUGAAAUGAUCCACAUGUUCCACCUGGUACUCUGGUUAUAAUGUUUUAAUUUGACUUGUAUAUCUGUUUACCAUGUGAUGAAGUGGAAACUUUUAUUACCACAGCUGUUAUGAACAGAAUUAGUUUUCAACGUGAAAGGCUAAGAUUUGACUUCUCAGUACAAGUAAUUUUUUUGAGCUGGGGUGGGGUGGGAGGAUAUCCAUUGCCUUCCUAUGUUUUGAGGCAUUGUGCCCAGAUCACUCCAUGUGCCCCCUUCCCACCUGGCAGGAAGUGGGAAGUCUAAAGCUGGACAAAAUUUCAUCAUUCAGUUUUCUGAGAUUUAAAAGCACUUUUCAUUGAAACCACUGCUGCCAAGAUGUCUUUUCCUUCCUGAAGUGCUACUCCACAAGACCCACUUGACUUUAUAGCACUGUAACUUGGUUCUCCAUCUUCUAUCUUUACCCUUGAACCUUCUCUUGUGCUACCUACCAUCUCAUACAUUAAUGUAUGCCACCUUUAAAGAGCUUCAAUGAAAGCCUUGAAGACCCAGGAUAUGCAACCUUCCAGCUUUCUACUCUUCUACAGCAGCAGCAAUUAUGCUUCUCUUCAAGCUGAAUUUGGACCAUCAUCUUCCUUGCCUUGAUUAUUCUAACUCUACAAGUCUCCCAUCAAGAUCUUUGCAUAGCAUCAGAGCAGAUAAAUACAACUGUGUAUCCCCCAUCACACGUGUUGGGAAUUUGGUAUUAACAGCCCAUAAAAGAAACUUGUAUUGUUUAGAAAAACUGAUAAGCAUAAUAUCACUUAACCUCCAAAUCUUCCAGAGUAGCCCUCUCAGAUUGCAUUUCUCUUGCCUAAAAUCCACAAUACUUGAGAAUGAAUUUGUAUGCAAUAUUAGCAAAGAGAUAGUUAGGCUCUUGCCUGUUUCUGCUUAUGGCUCUUUCCUGAAAAAUGUAUGCAGAUUUCACUUUGUGACCUAAUGAUUUUCACAUGUGUUCCACUAUCAGAAUUGGGCUCCAAACUGGGCUAUUUCCACUCUUUUAUGUUAUGUACUCCACUGCCAAUCCCUUGAAUCCUAAUUUUUUUCUAUACAACGUGUUAACAUCAUAUGCAAAGCACAAGAGUCUCCAUGGAGCCAUCAAGAGAGGUAAGUGAGGCAAAGCAAUUUUUAUUUGUAUUUUAGAGGGACGCACUGCAGCCUUAAAGUACAGAGAAUGUCCUUUCAGCCUCACUAAAGGAGUCUGGUGAAAUGCUUUAAGAAAACUAACUGCUCUGUUUAUCUUUUUCAAAAUUCACUCCUAAGUGAGGGAGGAAAAGGUCCCAUUUGUCUCUUCAUAGAUGAAUUUCAUGGUACUUAAAAAAAAUAUCCACCAAAACAGUCCAAAAAUAUCUCUAAUAUGAGUUUGAAGUUUUUCUUUCCAUGGUCACCAAGUUCUCGUCAACUGUACAAGAGAUUCAGAUUCCACCUCCCAGCCGUUACAGUGAGCCUUCUUACAUCAUGUGUUUGGAAAGGAGAUUUUUCAACAGAGGAAGUGAAGCGCUAAGCUGCUCCUUCCAAGACUACACGGAUCAGUGAUCCUCAGCAGCAUACAGACCACUGCUGUGACAUCACACUUUCCACAAUGUGGCUCCAAAAGAUGUACAUACCAAACAAGAUCUGGAUUCUCGGUCUUUGUUUAGCUGUUCUGAGACAUUAUUCCACUCUCUCUCCAUCUGUGGAAGAAUUGUGAACCUUUUAAAAAACUUUACUUUGAAAAAAAUAAGGAGAAACCAGGUAGUCUAUCUGACAGAACAUUAUUUCAUAGUCAAUGUCUUAGCAAAAAUGGAAGGUUAAAUAAUGAAGACUGGUUUGCUGUGUGUUAGUCAGGGCUUCCAUCACCCAACUAAGAACUCAUUGAGGAAGGAAAAUGUAAAAAAAUUCCAUUGCUGUAACACUACAACUUAAUAGCUGGCCCGAGUAUAGCUAGUGACACAAGGCGGAGAAGAACUUAACAGCAUGAGAAAUACUUAGGAAAAACAAAAUAAAGUAUAUGGGAACACAUGCAUAUACUCCAGCAUACUAGCUUCAUAUUCCAAACUCUCAUCAAAUAGUCCAAAUGAUCCAGCUAUAUCUGCCUAAUUAAAAGGGUGUGGCAGGAGACAAAGAAAAUAGGAGAACUAUUGUCCUAUAUUUGUCAAGGAGCUGUACUUCCUGGUCACAUCUGUGGCUCUAUGUGGUUUGGGUUUCUACCAUAUCCAGCAGGGACCUCUUCCAACAUUUCCCUUUGUUGCAUGUGCCAUUUGGUAAAAAGUCAGAGAUCUUGUGGGAAGAGUUUUCUCCUCAUGCUAGCAUUGCUCCUAUUCCCAGGAGGAGCAUUAAGAGCAUGGCAACCAACCAUGUCAUGUGUUCCUCCUAUGAGUCUUUGGUUUUCUGAUAUUAUUGGUAGAAGUAGGUUUGUAUGAGGCAUAUCAAGUCUAGUGAUGAGGACGGUGCAUUAAUUGAAAUGCUUUUUCAUGUGGACGUAGAGAGUUUUCACUGUCAAGAUAGAGUUCUAUUUCAGAUGUGUGAGAUACUCAACAGGUGAAUAAAGAUCUCACUACAGUCCAUAUGCACUACAGUCUCACUACAUACAGUUCUGGGGGAACUGCUGAAUUGAUAGACAUUUCAUUGAUGAGAUUUAUAUAAGUCUUAGACCAUGUCAGUGCUGUGAAGAAACGUCGAAGGAUUUGUAUUUCAUGUUGAAUUAUGAGGUUUGUUUGAGUUCUUGACGUACUUACUGCAAUUCUGUAGAUCACAACAAGCUUGAUACAUUUCCUUUCCUCCUAAGCAUCAGUCAAUGCUUGGUAAGUCAGUGAACUGAGAGGAAAAUACACUGAUGCUGAAAAUGGUCUGUUCAACCCAACCACUAUUAAAAUGGGGAUAAACAAACAAAUAAUUGUAUUUUAGGAUAACUUUGUUCUUUGUUCCUGCAUGUUCUUUGUUCUUGCAUUACUCCAAAAGUGUGAGAUCAUAUUAAAAUGAGUGAUAACUUACAACUUCUGUUGGGAGCUGCCCAGAGUGGCUGGGGAAACCCAGCUAAAUGAGCGGGGUAUAAAUAAUAAAGCAGUAGCAGCAGCAGCAGCAGCAGUAGUAGUUGUAGUACUGUGUCCAACUAGGAAUCUAGAAAGUACAGAACCAAAAAUAGCUUCAAAUUCAAAUACCAUCAAUAUCUAGAUUUAAAAGAUGUAUUUCAUUCCAUUUCAGCUGAGCAUUAUCUCUGCAAUUGUUUGUGGUUCUUGUUGCCCUGCACAGUUAAGAGUGCGUGUGAGAGGGAGAUCUGUCUGGCCCUCUCCUUGAUAACAUUCUGUCCCUGUAUGAAGACAUUUCCUUUCCAGUAGGCCUUUUACCUGACCAAUGCUUGGCCUCUUGGCAUUUUUUAAGAUCUGCAUUUCCUGUCUUUGUUCCCUUGUGUAUUUAUAUUCUGACUUUUUAAAAUUAUGAUCUGAACCACCUUAGGCAUAUCUUUUUUUCCAAAUGGAAAGGUAGGACAUAAAUACUUUAAUAGAUGCAUUUAAAUCUUCCAGAUUUAUGUUUGGCUGGCAGGCAAGGGGACUAUUUGCUCACCAGGGCUCUUCCUCCCCCACCCUACCCCCUGUAAUUCUAACUAAUUCACACUUCUGCAGCAUGCCAGAUUUUAAAUAGCCAGAAUGACCUGAGAGAGAGAGAGAAAGUGCUCUGGUGUAGUUGGGGGUUGAAUGGGAUGAUUAGAUUAACCAGAGUGUAGUUGCAUCUUUCCUGUCCUUUCCUUAGCCAAAACCCCAUUUCAGCUCUCUGCAGACAUGGUUAUUAGCAGCAGAAAGCAAGCCUUUGCUGGCAUGGAUGGACAGGUUCCCCUGUUUUUUAGUCUAGCCACUGUUAAACUGGCAUGAAUCCCAAGCACAAAUGUAUGGGGUGAAAGGGAUAUGUAUGGGGGAGUGUUGCAGGUGUUCCCCAUAUGUAGCAUGUGCUGCUUUCAAAUAACUAGUUUUGGCAGUGCAGUUUUUAUAGGGAAGAGAAACAAGAACAUCACCAUCCUGAGAAUCAAACUGCUGGGAAGUUUGUGCUUGAAAUUAAAUAUUUUAGAAUGGGUCUUGGCCUUUUAUCCUGGUUAUUUAUUCUAUUUUGUUUGUUUAUUAAGACAUUUACUGUAUAUGCCACCCUUCAUUGAAAAUUCCAGGGUGGUUUACAACAAUUUCCAUAAAAAGCAGUAGAGUAAAGACAGAAAAAAGAUUUUUAAAAUCCAAAGUAGAAAAAUUCAAAUACUAAAAGCUAGGUAAUAAGAGCAGUAAAUCGUUAAGUAAAUAAGUUGUAUGGGUUGUAUUGUUUGUUACUGUUGUUGUUGUUGUUGUUAAUUUAAAUUUAUAUCCCACUUUUCCUCCAAGGAACUCGGCCUAAGUGAUUUUGUGGGUAACAAGUUGUUUAUUGUGUACUAUAUAAGCCCAUAAAGAAAUAAAAUACACUAAAAGGAAAUUGGGAUCUGUUUAUCUAACAAGGACCUAGGGUAGCGAAAGUGGGGAUAAUACAAACAUUUUCCUGAGGAACCGGUCUGAAUGAUUUAAAUCACAGUCUGAACAGGUUGAACAUUAAGAGUGACUUAUUCAUGGUAAAAGCAGUUUUGGCAAUGGGACUAUUCACUAGAAUUGUGUUUCUUUCUUGGUGAAAGUAUUGAAGCAGAGACUGUAGAGUUUAUUUAUUUUUUAUUAUUACAUUUAUGUCCUUUUUAAUCCUCAGAGGAGCUGAAAGUGGCAUACAUGACACACCCACACCCAUUUUAUUUUCACAACAGCCCUGUGAAGUAGGUUAGGCUGGGAGACAGUGACUGGCCCAAUGUCACCAGUGAGCUUUGUGGCCAAGUUAGGAUAUGAACCCUGGUCUCCCAAGUCCUAUUCUAGCAUUCUGAAGCUGCUACACCACUCUAGUCUUCCUUCAUUCUCAGCUUGUGAGGAUUGCACUAGAUGUCCUGCAAGGCCAUGUUUCUGUUCAGCUUUCAUGUACAAGUGUCAAAUAAAGGAUCUUUAUAUAAGUAAUGAAAAAUAUAUAAUUAUAAGUGAUCUGGGAGGUCCCAUGAUACUUUGAAUAUUUAGAUCCCAUCAGGUAUAAUUUUUAUCUCUUCCCCAAACUAUGUUAUGCAAGUAUAGUUGUUCUGCAUGAUUUUUAUUUCUGUUUGCAUUGACUGAACCUGAAACAUAGCGCCCACUUCAGCAUCAGUUAGUGUUGCUUCUUAUUGCGUCCCUUUUUAAUAACUGGGGUUUGAUCUAUCCAGCAUGGAACAUUUUUAAUAAAGACUUGCUCUGUUGGGAUUUUAACGUUUUGCGGAAUUUAUGAAAUCAAGCGGUAGGGCCACAUUUUUGCGGGGGGCUCCCCCCCUUUUCCUAGUGGACACGCACUCUGUGUGUGAUUGUCUUCCAAUCAGUGGCUCAUCACGAAAAUUUUUGUAUUAUAUAGUUUAAAAAUACAGACUGUACCAUUUAUUUUCUUUCUACUGCACCAACUAUUGAAAGUAAAGGAAAAUACACCCUUCUACUAGGGUGCUCGCCUGGUUUAUUUUUUCAUUCAGCCAUUAGUUUAUUCUUUCAGGGGUUCCACGUUGGAAAAAGGGCAUCCAUCAGACAGUAAGGGCUUUAUUUAUGAGGGUGUUGGUGUUUCAAAGGGGAGGCUGUUGAAUCCCAAAAGAGCCUUUCAUGGUGUACUCUCAGCGUGCAUCUGAGGCCGCUGCUCUGCUCAUCAGGAGGAGAGGCAGAAAUGUGGGCUUUACUUAGCAACCGUGUGUUUCACUGGUCCCUGUGCUCUCUGACGUUUAUUUACAUAUUGAGAGAGUAAAUGGGUAGAACAGAUGGCAACCAGACAUUUGGUGGUUCUGUUCCCCUGCGCUCCUCGGGGGUCUUGCAUUCAGCCUUUGCCAAAGUUCAUCCUAAAACUAGAAGCCUGUUCGCAAUUAUGAAAGCCUUGUUGGCAGUUUACUAGGGUGACAGAUUAAAGUGCAUAGUUAAAUAAUUGCACGAUUGAGUUAACAAGUCCAGAUAGUUGUUUCUAAAGGCAUGUCCGUGGCCCUGACGUAGUUUUCAUCGUGGAUGUGAAUUCUUUUCAAUUUUGAAAUAAAGAGGUUUCCUAAUGGAAAAAGAACAGUCUAGUCUUUAACAGCGGCUACGGCGUAAACUUUUUGCUAAAGCAUUUUCGACAGUUUUUUUGGUGCUGUCACAAUGAACUUGACAGGCCGAGCACUCACAGGUUUCAACACUUCCAUGUUUUUUUCACUCUGUUCAAGAUUAGCUUAUGACCAUUUGCAACUGUCAAAAGUUAAUGGUGGAAUUUUAUUUCUGCUGUACAAGGGAUCACUUCUGUGCUGAGGUAGGGUUGCUCUGAAGUGGACAAGUGGUGUUUUAUCCUUUGUAAUUUUGAUUUGAAGUCAGGGCAGGGGACAACUGGAAGGACAUUAUCUUUGGAAAACAGCUUUUUAGCAGGGACAUGGGUACUUCGAUAAUGGUAACAUUUGCAGUUUUACCAGUGCACUUACACAUUUUCUCUGGAAUUUGUACAAUUUGAUUUCUUCUGGAUAUGUUACUAUCUCUGCAGAGUUUACACUUCAUAAGUGGUAGCCUGGUGUUAACAAUUAUUCCUUGAAGACCCAGUGAAAGCUCAGUCCUGUUUUCCCUGGGCUCCUCAAAAGAAAUAUAUUUUUCUGAAGCAGUGUGUUGGUUUCAAAAGCAGCAAUUCAUAUAUUCCCUUAUUCAGUGCAAAGCAACAUAGGAUAGAUGUUUUGCCUGGAGACAGUGCAAUUCAAUGCAUAUCUACUCAGCACUAAGUCCUGUUGAGUUCAAUGAGAGUUACUCCCAGGUGAGUGUGUAUAGGAUUGCAACCUUAGGCUUACCUGGAGUUUUGCACCCAUUGAGUUCAGUGGAUAUUACUUCUGGAUAGAAAUGCUUCUGGAUAGAAAUCAUUGUGCUAUAACUUACCUGUGAAUUUGUGAAAAUUAAACUAAGAUAGGUGAAAUUUGGAUUAAUUUGUUUUUUUAAAAACAGCCUGUUAAAUGAGAUUUAAACAAAAGGGCUUUUUAAAUGAAUGCCCAUUUAUUUAAAUUGUUUUGCAUAUUUCCUUUUAUCUGUGGAUAAGUUGUGAUCUUGAAAUUUGGGGGUCAGGAGAGAAUCAAAUACAGUAAACUUUAUUUUCUCACAUGGCACACAAACUAGGAAGCAUGGGAACAGAAGAAGCUCAGUUCUUCUAGCUCAGCAUUGUGUAUGCCAACUAGCUUUCCAAGGUUUCAGGCAAGGGGCCUUUCCCUUAUUCUACCUGGAGAUGCCAGGGAUUGAACCUUCUGCAAUCAAAGUAGAUGUUCUACUACUGAGCCAAGAAACGUAGCAGUUUUAACUAGGGACUUCUAUACGAUUCUAGUGUUCUGUAACCUGAUAAAAGGUGGUGAGCAGUUUAACGGAUCCAUUCUGGGUAGUGCACCAGCAGCAGAAAUAUGCGAAAUGAAAACAAUCAUUUAAGCUUUGUAUGCUAUAAGUAAGUAUCACAGGUAAAAUGUCUUAGUGGAAUGGCCCAUUGGUAAUUCUGGUAGCUUGAUGCAGAUUCCAGAAAAAUAAUAAUAUUUGUUGGGAUAUCCUUCCACAUUGACUUCUCCUUGACAGUUUGUAUAUCAGAUGUGUUUGCAUGUGUAUGAUCUCUUCCUCUCUUUUCUCUUUUGACAGACAGAUGUGUUGGUUUUGAGUUGUGAUCUGAUUACAGAUGUUGCUCUCCAUGAAGUAGUGGACUUAUUCCGAGCCAAUGAUGCCACACUCUCCAUGUUGAUGAAGAAAGCUUAUGAACCUACAGAGCUUAUACCAGGACAUAAAGGGAAGAAAAAGCUAGGUAAAUUGGGUGCUCUUGAUACUAAAGUCCUGCCAUUUUCACAGGGAUUGCCAGCAGAAAAUGACAGUUUUCACAAACUUGGAGCAGAAUCGGCCAGCUGAAAUGGUUCUCCAUGUUUGUGUCUGGUUUCCCAUAUUUGUGUCUGCCAAUCCCUCUGUAAUUUUAGCAUUGUUGCCACAUUGUCCUGAAAAAUUUCCAAUAUCCACAUGUACAGAAAAAGAAAUUAAAAGUAUGUAUGUUAGUUUGUUUUAACAGUUAUCAAUCACUUAUUAAUGUCUUGACCAUAGUCAGACUCUCCAUCUUAGGGUUUGAAGCCUGGGAUUCAGAGGCCUGGGAUUCAGGGAAUUGUGUUCAGAGUCAGCCCCAAAUAUUCAUUUAAAGACAGAAAUUCUGACACUAGAGGAGCCUGUUCCUGUAUAUCUCCAGUUAGAGGAGGUUUUGUUGCCCUGCUCUCAGACUAUAGAUGCCAGCUCAGAAGUCCUAGUGGAAUCAGUAUUUCUUGUUCUAUUGGACUGUUAAAGUAGAUUGAGCCCCUUCAAAGGAAAAGGGAGUGCUAACUAGUCAGGGCUGCAGUUUAAGGCUCUGUUGGAAGUUCACUGGUGCUGAAACAACGCUUGAUCUCUCUUGUUAUGGAGCUGUCCAGGGUGCCACUAUAUCCUGGAACCCUUGCCUUGCCAGAACCUAGAAUUGAUUGCUUUGAUUCUUCUUGGGCAGAGUAAACAGUUUCUUGAACAAAGCUGCCACUGCCCUGAGACCCAUACUGUACUUGGCUAUUUAUGCCCUUUUCACUUUUGUAUUGUCAAUUUUAAAAAGAUGACUUGUUUCAAGAAUUUAUUCUGGAAACAAAAGCAUGUGCCCAAGAUUUUAGGUGAUGAAGAAUAUCCUUGUACAAAAUGAAAAGCUUCUCCACAGUAACGAACCAUGUCAAAAAAUAAUCUGAUUUAUGUUGAGAAGAGUGGCUUGUGAUGACAACCUCACUAUUGCUGAUUCUUAAUGAGGCAAAUUUUAAAGCAGUGAUGCGGUGCCAAAAUGUAUGGGAGGAGUUCUAUCUAAAAUUCACCCAGUAUUCUGAGGGUUGCAUUCUCUACAUAUAUCAUUUCCAAAUUAUAGAUGCAGCUAGCUGCAGGGGUGACACUUAUUAUUUCCUCAGCUUUUCUGCCUCCCCUCCCUUGAAUGGCAUGAGUAUGCUCCAGAAUUUUCAGGAAUUCUUUCAGCUUUGAUGAAUGAACUUUGCUGACAUUUAUAUAUGCUGUGUUUCAGCUGGAAUAUCUAUCAUUAGAUUGCAUUAAAACAGAGGUGUAAAAUGUUUGUGUUAUGAUUUUCUACUUCAGUGGAACAGCGUGACUUCAUUGGAGUGGAUGACUCUGGAAAGAGGUUGCUCUUCAUGGCCAACGAAGCGGAUCUGGAUGAAGAAAUUGUCAUUAAGAGAUCUAUCCUUCAGAAGUAAGCUUUGGGACUCCUCUUUCAGCCAACUCAUUUGGAGUGGGAGAGUAUAACUAAGGGUACUGAAAACGGAUUGGGUUGCUAAAGGAAAUGAAAAGCAAGGAACUUGUUGUAAUGGUAAAUAAAGGAUAGCUCCUGUAGGUAGUUGUGGGAAUAUAGGUAGGGCUGGAUGUAUAUUCUGUCCCUUACAAAUUUUAAUUCUGUUCCCAAGCAAUAAUUGGUAGUAGUUAAAUUGGAGUCAGUGGAGGGUUCCUUAAGAAAUACCUACAUAGCUACUGCCUCUGAGUGGAAAGCAUUGCCUUGCAUCUGGUUACUCAGAGGAGACCCAUUAAAAUUAAUGGGCCUAAGUUAUUUAUGUUCAUAAAUUUCAGUGGAUCUACUCUGAGUAGGACUAGCACUGGAAACAGACCAUAGUUAUAUAACCUAGAAAUACAGACAAUACAGACAAUUCACAAGUAUUUCCCCCCUUCAGCAUCAUUUGUAUUAAAUGGUGUCUAGAACAACUUCCUAGACUGCUGUUCUGCCAUGGAUUGAUGUUGAACAUUUGACUUCUGAUUUUUCACUUGUUGCAACUACCAUAUUACUUAAUGUACAAUAACACAUGCAGUUCCCUUUCUUAAUCAGCAUGGUUGCAUUUGAUUCCUGCAUUGCAGGGGGUUGGACUAAGUGAUCCUUGGGGUCCCUUCCAAUUUACAAUUCUAUGUUUCUAUUAUUAUUGAGUUGUCUGUAUCACUUUUUGGAGAGGAUUUUCUCUUGAUUAUGUUGUGUUUUAGAUGCAGUUCUUGUUUGCUAGCUCAUAUGCCAAAUGCAACUUACUGUCUUUACCAGUCAGUUGGAUUGUGUCCAGUGAAGUUGUUUGGUUCAUGUUUGGAUUCCCACUUGCAUAACAGAGCUACUCUUUUCUCUCUUCCCUCCAUGUAACCUCCCCAUUUGUUCUGGAGUUUCCCCCAAACCUCUGAAUAAAUUUGGGAGAGGUACAUAGAAUGAGGAGAGGGAGGGGACCUUCUGUUGUGCAAGCCCUUGAGCAAACGAGAUUAUUUCAUUGGAUGCAACCCAUUGUUUCUUGACUGUACUUAUUUUUCUAUCUUGUCUGUGGGGCAUGGACUGCAAAAAGCCACUUGAUUUUCAUAGAAAAUAACACUGAAUUAAAUGUGAAGAUACCAUAAGCAACACAGCCACUGUUGGUUUCGUUUAAGCUUUCAAACUGUCUUUCUAUUGCAUGCCUAAUCAUCUGCGUUGAGGGUUCAGCAAUCCUAUUUCUGCCUCAAGCAUUUCUUUUCAACCCAUAUUUUGUUUGUUUGUUGCAUUUUUAUAACUUGCCUUUCAAUUCUUAGCAAAUAAAACAAAAUAUAAUACAACAGUAAAACAGUCAAAAGGAACUGUGAGCAGAGAGACUAAACAGCAAUCAAGAAACCCAAAUAAAACCAGGCACUUUAAACAUCAAAAGUAUCAUCCAGAUGUUGUUGAAGUACAACUCCAACUAUCCCUGAUUAUCGACCAAAGUAUCUUGAGUUGAUGGCAUUUGGAGUCCAUGAAUAUUGGAAGUAAACCACAUUGUCUCCCCUGAUCUAAAUAAAUAGAUAUUUUAUAAAAAGUCUGUUUUUAAAAAUCAAGUUCCUGAACUUGACAGAAAGCUGGUUCUGUAACCUGGGAGCCACCACCAAGAGUGCCCUUUCCAUUGUGGCUACCAACUUAAUUAGAGAUAGACCCACCACAAAUUUUUCUCAAUUAGAUCUUAGAGUGGGGAAAGAUACUGCUUCCUUCAUGCAGUUUACUUAAACCUUGUAAGCCACUGGCUCAGUUUGAGCAUGACACUAAGCUAAACCAUGGCUAAGUUUAACGAGUAUGUGUGCUCGUGCAUAUUUGGAAAACUGCAGUUGCUUUAUUUCUCCCUUGCUCUUGCUGCACUGCAAGAAGUUAAGUGAUGGAUUGGCUUAAUGUUACAUCUGAACCCGGGCUCAUGGUUUGUCUCCCCCAAACAAACCAAUGUCCUCAGUAACAACUACUAAAAUAAAUUAAAAGCUGCAAUAGUUUAUUCAGUUGGUCCCAAACACCCUCUUGACUAAAACUGUCAUCACCUGAUGUCUAAAAACUAACAAAGAAGUAGAAAAGUGGGGUUCCCUGAGGAAGAUGUUAUUUAAUUUAGGGUCUUUUCAGUAGAAGCACCAAACUUGUGUCAUCAUCCUUGCACUUCUGGCAGAAUGGGAGUCUGAAGCCAGGCCUUCAAAGGUAACUUGUGUGAGCAGGUUUAUAUAGAAGAAGGCAAUCCAUGAGGAAUCCUGGUUCCAAACUGUUUAGAAAUUGGAGCAGAAUAUGGUGAUUAUCUGUAAAAUUGCUGGAACUUAUAUGGAAGAGACCAAACCUGUUGAAAUAGUGACUGAUCUGAUGAUAAUACCGAAUAUUUUAUAUAAGCUGCUUAAAUAAUUUUUUUUUAUAUUAAGCCCUAUAUGCAUUUUAUAAAUUAACAUAAAUUAACAUUAGCAUGUAGCUGUUCAGGUUCUGUUGCACUAGAGAUCUUAACUUUCUAAAAAAAAAAAAAAAUGACGGUGAGGAUCUUGUUGGGUUUCCCCCCCCCCUUUAUUUUGAAAAUUGAAAUGUCUGCAAUGUUUACUUAGAGGUCAAUAUUAUUCAGAGCUACACACAUAACCUACAACUCAAUUCUAAAUUCUAUGUCGUAGAUCCAACACAGAGUUAUGCUUGCGAGAUUUAGGCCUAUCAUCUGCUCAUGUACUGCACAAAUCUUCUUAAGCUCACAGAUAAAAUAUAUCCUGGUACCCUCUUUUGUGUCCAUGGAAAAAUAUUUGCCUUAAAGUGACCAUGGACUCCAUUUCAUUCUGGAUCCCUUGCCUCUGACACCUUCGCACCACCUCCACCCUCACCCCUUAUGCCCUAUUGGUCAAAGCAGGGCAGCAGCUAGCCCUGCCCAUUUUUCCUGACUUCUGUUCAGUGUCCUCCGACCCCACAGAAGCUUCACUUCACCAAACUCCAUCUCUUUAAGCAUUUUGGCAAGCCAUGGGGUUGAGGAAAUAAUGAGAAUUCCAUUGGCCUUCGUUCCUCCCUCCCCCCUCAAGGAUGUGGGGGCUGAUAUAUUUGUUUUCAAAGAGUGAUUAUUAUGGGCAGGGAAUUGUUUGCCUCACCUUAAGACAUUUAUGGUUUCACAAAGAAACACAGUAAAAGACACCUGUUGGAGCAGGUCUAAAUUUGGAGCAUUUCCUUUUAAAAUGCUGCUGGGUUGUUUGAGGAUGAGCUGUCCCUAAUAAACCAUCCGCCUUCGUGGGUGUUCCAUCUGUGCAAAUGCAGGUGCAGUGCUGCUUCCAGAGGAUGUGCUAAUAAAUCACAGUGACAAUCCGGACUACUCAUUACCUCAUACAGAAAAGAAUACCUCCUAUAUAAAUGUAUGGGGUAAUUGCAAGAAUGGCUUUGAAGUGACAGUGCAGCCUUCUUUUAAAAGAUCAUACUCAUCAUGUAUUUGAAACAGGGUGUCUGGGGUAACCCCCCCCCCCUUUCCCUAGUCUCACUUUAAGAUGCAAAUGAAAAUAGUCCUCUUGAAGUUCUUAAUGUGAGGGAAAUAGAUGAAAACCUCUUUAAGUGCAGCGAUAAACACACAUACAAAUGCUGGUCGAUCAUGGGGACUUUUGGUUCGGGUAACUCCACUUAAAAUGAAUAUAAAAUAAAGACAAAACCUAAAUUAAAACAAAAGAAAACAUCAACCCUUGGGUUCACUUGCAACGUUUUUAAUUUUUUUGCCACGGUCUUCUCUUUAAAUUCCCUCUCUAAAAGCCAACUUGACUCCUUUUGUACCUUUGGAGCAUAAUACCAUAACAGAGUGUAGCUGCUAUAAAGUACAUAUUUCAGGUUAAUUUUGGGUUUUAUGUCAAUGUUGAGGUUUUUACGGUUUCCUCCAAGGCAUCAUAAAUCACCAUGAUUAGAAAAGGGGUAACUAGUGAGAAGGGCAUGUUAAAUAGCUAAAAGAUCCACCCCCACCCCCGCUCCACCCCCCUUUGGUAGAUUCAGAGGAUUCCUCUCCCCUGCCCCCUUUAUUGGCAGUUCAGCUAUUUGCCAUAAGUGGUUGAAGGAUGGAAUUCUCUGCAUGUCAGACUAAGUGCUGAUUUUUAAAAUAUGGUUUGCUAUGCUUUUGGUACACUCCUGUCCCAAGCUGCCUGCAACAGCCACAAGCUCUGUCAAAAUAUCCUGGGGAAAUUACCAGAAAAGAAUAAUUUGGAAGAGAUUUUUUUUAAAAAAAUAUUAUUAUUUAAAAAAUCAAACUUUAUAGUUGGCUGUGUGCCUGAUUUUACAAUAGUGUGCCCAUGGAGUGAGUCAUCAGUUUGCCUUAACUCUAACCUCCUUUGCAGAGUGUGGAUUUGUGAUGGAGAACCUUCUGUGAGUGUUUGGAUGCAUAUAUUUUUCUUCAAAUUUGAGGGGCACCUUGGUUCACUAUUUGUACUUGGCAUCAAUGCUAUGAACUGAUCCUGGUAGUGACACCAAAUACUUCAGGGUUGUCCUGUUUCCUUAUUCAAAUUAAGGGAUCUCAAAGGAGCACAGAAAGAUGCCUCAUGCAGAGUCAGACCAUUGAUCCAUCUACACUGGUUGGUUGGCAUCCGUCUGUCUCGGAAGACAAUGGAGGAAUGUGCCUUUGGGGGUGAAGUCAAACUGUUGGAAGGUUACAGCGCCUGCUGUGGCUGUAGAGACUGACACACAGCACAACAAGACAAUAACCCCCCCACCAACAGCAUACAAAUCAAUAUGGCUAGCCUGACCCAACAACCUGCCCCCUCCACACACAUAUAAGCAAGCCACACUGCAAUCAACUGAAUGCAACCAACCAAACUCAGGACCCCCUAAUCUCUCGCAUUAUCAAUAUAAAUAAAUAAAAUAAAUGCAUAAACAAAGGACCUCCCUAUGUGAUGUUGACACAAACUCUUACACUAAUAAUAAGCAAUAGAACAAAAGUUCUGGUAUUGUCAGAUAUUGGACCUGGGACCUUCUGCAUGCAAAGCAUAAGUCCUCUUAUUGAGCUAUACAGUGGUACCUCGGGUUAAGAACUUAAUUCGUUUUGGAGGUCCGUUCUUAACCUGAAACUGUUCUUAACCUGAGGUACCACUUUAGCUAAUGGGGCCUCCUGCUGCCACCACGCGAUUUCUGUUCUCAUCCUGAAGCAAAGUUCUUAACCCAAGGUACUAUUUCUGGGUUAGCAAAGUCUGUAACCUGAAGCAUCUGUAACCUGAGGUACCACUGUAUAUCCUCUGUAUGUGCCCCUCUCCCUUCCCCCAUUGCAGUUCUGCACAUCAGUUCUUUUGUAGAACUGAAAGCUGUGCAUGUAUUCCUAUAAAAUCCAUGCAUGCCUGAAGAAAUGUGAGGGAGAGGGCUGAUUAGGCCCCUAUGUUCCUAUCUAUGGAUGCUGCAGUGCUUAGAGAAGACUGGAUCAAUAAUAAUAAAUACCUAAGCAAUUUCCCUCAAGUGCAAACAGCUGUGCAUGUGGGGGGGGGGGCGUCCAAUGUUUUGAAAGCAAGCUAGAAACUACUUCAGUAGUUUAAACUAUAUAAAAAAGUCAAAACCUCAUUAACUAGUUUAAAUUAGCUAUAAACUCUUCCGAUAAUGGAAGUCUCAGCAAAACAGAUGUAUCCUCAUUGGCUGCCUGAAAAGAUAUGUAGCAUGCUAGAUCUUGCUUGGGAUGAAUGCCAAAGUUGCAGAACCACAUAUACAUCUUAAUGGUCCACCUUUUUCACUCUUCUGUGAACAUGAGUGAGUGUGUCUGCACAUGCGUGCACACAUACAUAUCAAAAAAAUUUUAUUUGCUGCAUGUGCACACAGAAUAUGGACUUUUUGCCUAGAAUUGAAUAAUGAAUAAGGAAUUCACUUGGGCCAGAGUUGUUGUUGAAUUUAAGUGUCCCGCUUCUUUAUAGUGUAUGAAACAGCUGCAUGUUGGUCAUAUGGGAGACAAUAUCCUGGUGGCUUUCUGCCUCUUACUGUAACACUGAUAUUAAUAGAACUCUAUAUGUUCAAAUUUGAUAGAUGAAGCUUGGCCUGUGUGAGCUCCUGGUACAUCCAAACGUAAACAAGUGUGCAACUGUGUACCUUAAGAGACACUAUUGAGGGUGGGAAAGCAGUGUCAAAUUUCCUGGUGAGAAUGUGAACACUGGUGAAUCAUAAAUGUUCCUUUUUUAUUAAGUUUGAAUAGGCCUGUGUGUGUGAGAGAGAUAUAUAAGGUAUUGAUCUUUUGAAUUUGGGCAGCAUCCUCUUAGUGGACUGUUCCUAAGCUGUCUAGCCGCAUUUUACUGUGCUGCUGGGAUGGCGCAGAAGGCUGAGUCAGAGGUCAGAAGAGUUAUCCAUGCCUAUUUGAACACGGCCUGAAUCUUCUCGGCCACAUUUUAGACAUAUGUUACUCAUCAAUGGGCUGCGGAACUCCAUGACGCAAAGCAGACUGGAAUGCAAAGUGAGUUAACACCCCUGCCCUGGCUGGAAAUAUAUUGACAAAUGUAAGGAAGCAGAAUAGAGAAGAAAUAUUACAUGAAGCACUGCAAGAGUAAUGUGAGGCAUGUGGCUGUUCCUUCCUAAAAAGUUAAAUGUCCUCAAUCCUUGAGAGACCCAAGACUGCUACUAAACUCAUCUUAAGCUCUUUUUGCAGCUUCUGUUACUAUCCCGCAAAUGUCUAAUGUUGUGCCGUAGCACAGCAUUUUUAAAGUGGGUACAGGAAUUCCCCCGCACCUUUGUGGGAUUUAUUUUUUCAGCUACCUGUGUGAUCAUUUUAUUUUCAUUUUGCAAGCUACUAUUGAUUUGUCUUACUCCAAGAAGCCUAGGACAGAUAGGGCUGUUACUCAAACCCAAUCAUUUUGUCUACAAAUGCAGGCAGUUUGAAAGAAUACUCAAAAGUGAUCUCAUUGUUUUUAAACUUAGCUACAUUUGGUAUUGAUUGAACUAACUGGAAUUACAUGAUGCCAAUUUGCUACACUUACUGCACUGGCUGCUGAGGGAAUGUUGUGCGUGGCCAAUGCUAUUCACUGUGGUGAAACUCAGCACCAUCAGGUCGAAACAGCAAAUUAAAUAUCAGCAGGAAACAUGAACUGGUGGAUUGCUUGUGAGGUCAUUUAGGACAUUUACUGAUGAUAUUUUUUAAAUCCUCCUUUUAUUGGUGGAAAAUCCACUGAAUCAUCUUCUGACUGUUGUUCAGUUGGUCCCCAACCAGAAUUGCUCUUGUGGUUUUAUUAUUAAUUUGAUUGGUAGCACAGGAGAGAGAGCUCAUGUGCAAGUAUUAUUUCUCUUUAGUUUCCCUGACAGGCCAAGUACAGUGGAACCUCGACUUACAUCUGCCUCUUCUCGCGGACGUUCCAAGUUGCGACCGUGGCAAACCCAGAAGUAAACACUGGGUUUGCUGCAAUUCGCGCAUGCGCGGAAGCGGCGCCUGCCACCUGUGCAUACGCGGAAGCGGCUGCCGCCUCUACGCAUGCGCAGAAGUGUGCUGGUGCUUAAUGUGCAUGCGCACAAUGGCACCUCUACUAGAGUCUGGUUUCGCCCAGUGGCCGGGCCUCCGGAACGGAUUAUGAUCAUAAGUAGAGGUUGUACUGUAACUGGAGAAAGGAAUAAAAGAGUGAGACACUAUAUCAGCUUUUACCCUGUUUGAUGGCCACCAUCUUCAUGCCUUGUGGAACAUAAAUAGUCAACAACUGAAAGGUGAAAGUUAGUUCUCUCCAGUUGCUGAAUGCACUGCCUCUAACAUGAAAGCCUUUUGUGGGAGCAAGAAACUAGACAAGCCACUUCAAGAGUCUGGUUCUGGUUCUAGGCUAGUCAGAUGGAAGCAUAAGUGAAAACAAGUAUUUCCACACAAUAAUAACCCGGGUGUAGGAAAAAAGUAUGUAUGUAUUUAUGGAGAAUGAUUCAAGAAGAGAGCGAAGGAGGAAGGCAAAGACCACCUUGGAGCCUCCCCCAGCUGCUCUCCAAAUUGUCAUAUGCAAAGGAUUUGAGAAGUGGGAGGCAGGAAGAUGAAAGAGGCAGGUAAGCAAAGAAAAUACGUGUUCUAGCAGGACUGUACUGCUUCUCUCCCCCCCCCCCACUGCCCCCAUAGGCAGUUCUACUAUCAACUGCCCUUUGGGAAUGUUCCCAGGAGAGAGAGAGAGAAAAGCAGGGGAAGAGCUGGAUUGGCCCUUCUGUUCCCUCCUCCCUGACCUAUUACCACCAAUAAUCCUGUGGGGAAGGUUGUGGUUAGUUGCUACCUUAAUAAAACCAUGGCAAUAUUAUUACUUGUAAGACAUCUUGGAAGGAUAGGCAUACCAAAAUGUAGGGUAUGAAUAAUUUAAAUAAAUGAAUGUAUCAAUAAAUAAUUUAAAUAUAUAUGGUGUUUUCCUCAAACUGUAUAUUUCACAAGUCCAUACCCCAAGAGGCUUAGAAUCUAAAAAUAGACACAAUGGGAAACAGAAGGGAAGGCAGAUGUAAGCUGGAGAACUCUAGUCAAUCACUUUAGUAACAUGCACUUCAGCUUGGUUGCAAUAGUGUAUUGAGACUAUAUAUGAAAUGUGUACAGCAUGUGGAUUGCAAAUGCUCCUGAGAGAAAUCUGGUGGGCAUAUGAAGGAGCUUGUUGGAUCAUGACCACUGUCUAUAUGUUUCAGCUAUUAUUGGCAAGUCAUUACCUUUCAUCUUUGGCUCCCCACGUGUACAAUAGGAUUAUCUUGUGUCUUUUUCACGUUGACUCAGAGGAUGAGCAGAAGGAAAGGGGAUGCCGUCUGAAAACUGAGGAAAACCUUUUAAAAAACCAAGAAAAAGAAAGGGGGCACAGUUUCAAACUGCUGUUCAAAAAAUAGGAAUUGAUUGUGGGGUGAAACAUGCCCAACUAAAUAAAUUGUUGCAAUAAAACUGGAAUAAAAAUGGUGCAAAAUUUUGCUUGCCACUGAAUACUAGCUGAAGUGCAUAAUGGAUUGUGAGUAUGGCCAAGAAAAGAUGCCAAAACUGCUUAUGUGCUUUAAAAUACUAUAGCAGUUAUUGAUAUAAUAAUCCAGGGACUAUCAGAUUCCUUGCAUUGCAUCUGCUGUAAGCGUCACUUAUUUUUAAAGUGUUUUAAAGUUGAACAUCACAGUCAUUGGAUAAGCUAUGGUCAAAUAAAGUGAACAUUGUUGAAUAUCUUUGAGCUCCCCACUUGAAACUCUGAGUCUUGGCCAGAUAGAACAGUAAUAACAGAAUCUCAGGGUACUAUAAAUUCAGCUAGAACCUAGGUGGGGGAGGGAUGCCAAAUUCUGUUUGCAUUAUUAUUAAAACUAUUUGUGCAAGAAAGGCUUUUCAGCAAGCCUGAUUAUUUUCAGAGGGGCCCCAUUUUUCAAUUCUUGCAGUAGAAUGGGCUAGGGUUGUGGCUGGAACAUUUCACCCGAAGGGCUGCCACCAGAUAGAAUAUCUAAAAAGAACCCCUGAGAACAGGACCUCUUCAGACUCCCUUUUCUCCUGCAGCCUUUGGUUUUAAGAGUACUUGAAACAUAUUGUUCAUCAGGUAGAGUACUGCUCUGUGCUUGGUCCAUGCGUUAGCGUUUCAGUGAACACCUCUUUCCCAGGCCAAGCAGCUAUUGAAUUUUUUUUAAGCUUUUCAGGAAGGAGAGUAUGUGAGCACAUAUUUAGCUGCACCAGACGCUAUUGAAAGAAUAAUGGAUUCAGCUCCAUUCUUCUCCUAAUGGCCAGACUACUGGAGCGCGGUUGUGUCAAAAUUAUUUCAUUUCUGUGUUUCAGCCUUACUUUUGCUCACCCUCUCAGCCCCAAGUGUACUUAAUGAGAAUGCUGAAGGCCAGAAUUUAAAAUUCUGUGUUGGGCAAAGCCCUUUAACCUGUGGGUUUUUCCAUUAUUAUUAUUUUUUGGGGGGUCCCCCUCACUAUCUGUCUGCACGAUAAGACAGAGCAUUCCUUCAUGUUCUGUUCUUGUUUUCCUUCUCCGGCCUCUUUUUGAUAUACCUAUUCCUUAAUAAUAGAGUGCUAGGAUACAGCCAUUGUGAAAAGUACAUUGGUGUAUGAAGAUAAGAGACAUUUUGGAAGCUGGGUAGGAUUCUUACAUGGCUCAUGUUACUUAAAAAGAGGAAAGUGAGAAGAAAAAUGUAGGAAGUCAUGAAUGCUUACCAUUGAAGAUGAACUUAAGUCAGGGUGAGAACAGGCAACCUCCAGCUGUUGCUGAACUAAAACUCCCAUCAGCCCCUGCCAGCAUGGCCAGUGGUCAGAGAUGAUGUGAUUUCGAGUACAGGUUGGGGAAGGCUGUUGUAGGUAAUGGGUGUGUAUGUUUAGCAUGGUUGAUUUUCCAACACACUGCUUGAGUUUGCUGGGUCUAGAAUAGUGUGUGUUCUGUGAAGUGACUCCUUUCUAGUAUGGAUAAAACUGAACAGUUGUGGAGAACUGAAUAUUUCAGGUUCUUAUUAGAAUCCUGAAAACUGAAUGACAAAUUUAAUUGUUUUCAGAAAAACAAGUGAGUUUAAUAACCUGUGCUAAAGGCUUGGGAAUCGGAGGAAAAAUAACAAAGGCACAAUUUUAGAGGCACUGACUUAAGGAUUUUUAUAUCUGGGCUUAAUAAUUCCACCAACUUUGGCUUGCUACCUACAACAUUCAUUUUUUAAAAAAAGAAAUAAAAGUUUUUGUCAGCUACUGAGUGUCUGGAGUAAAAACGUAGAAGAAAGCCAGCAAAACCCCUCAAAGGAGAAGUUUUGCCUUGUAAUCCUAUUUCCUAUGGCAGUUCCUUAACUUCAGUCAUCACACAUCUGAAAGAAUUUUUAUGACCAUGUGAGACAGAGAUGAAGGUAGUGAGAGAGUAGUCUAAUCUUAUGAUGAAAGACACUCUCCUAAGGUACAUGAAUCACUUGCAUUAGUGCAAUUCGUGUGGAUUUUUCUGCAAGGUGUCUGAAUAAAGGCAUCUUUCAGUAGAAAGAGUUUUGUGAAUCCAAUCUGAAUACAAUCCUAGUCCCUAUGCUACAACACUUCUCAUCAAAGAGUUACUCCUGGUGUUAUUCAGAGGUGCCAAAAAGGAUGACACAGGUGACUUUUGCAUCCUGUUCCUUUGUUUUAGCAUAAUAUUCAAAGUGGGGACAUCUCCUGUGGGGAGUAUGCACAGAAGACUGUAGGAAGAUAUGGAGGUUUCUGCUUAGCCUUAGAUAGUUAAAUUGAAAGUAGGGCUGGGUGAUAUAUUGAUCUAUUGUCCAAAACCGGUUUGAAGUUCACAUCAUGAUAAUUGUUUCAUUAUAUUUGAGCUGGCAAUAUAAUGGUACCUCGGGUUACAUACGCUUCAGGUUACACACGCUUCAGGUUACAGACUUCGCUAACCCAGAAAUAGUGCUUCAGGUUAAGAACUUUGCUUCAGGAUGAGAACAGAAAUUGGGCUCUGGUGGCGCGGCAGCAGCAGGAGGCCCCAUUAGCUAAAGUGGUGCUUCAGGUUAAGAACAGUUUCAGGUUAAGUACGGACCUCCGGAACGAAUUAAGUACUUAACCUGAGGUACCGCUGCAUAUUGCGAAUCACAAUGUGUGUAAGGGCUAGGUGAUAUCUAGUUUUCAACAUCAUGAUAACUCACCAGCUGAACAUUGCGAGAACUCACCAGCUAAACACUGCAAUGUUAUCAGCAGGUAAACAUUGCAAUCUACCACAAUGUCUGAAAUAAGGAUGGAACUAUACAGAGGCAAGCAGGACAAUGUCCUGGCAACUUGCCUCUGUAUAGUUCCAUCCAACUUGCAUUUUCAGCUUGCGUUUUGGCUUGCCUGCUGAUCAAAGGGAUCAUGAUGAGGUGAUUGAUAAUAUCAUAAUUUAUCUGUUUUGGACCCUAAGUAGUAGCAGUUGCCAGGACAUUUUCCUAUUCACCUCUAUGUGGUUCCUUCUUUGUUUCAGAUAUCGUACAUAGCAAUAUAUCACAAUGUUUAGCUGGUGAUAUAUCACGAUAUUGAAAACCAGUUGUCACCCUAAUUGGAAGUGUGGGGAAGGUAUCCUCUUUUCAGUGCUUUUGCAUAUUUUCUGAAUUGGUCCAGAGAGAGAUGGCUGUAGAACAGAUCUGUUAGCUCCUCCUUGAAACCCAUUCAACCUAGUCUAUGUUAUCUCUCUUGAUGGAAAGCCCUACUGCUGUCUUUUUUUCAGUGGUGAAGGGACUUUGGUGAUGAAAUUAAAGCCCAAGAUUUGGCUUAGCAGGUCAUGUGAACCAGCUCAUACUUCACGUUUGAGCUGCGUUAUGGUUCUGUGACUACCUUACCCCAUAUAACUGACUCUACUAUCCUAUUCAUAUGUUCAACUUCUACAUCUCCACAAGAUGCAACAGGGGAGUGUGAGAUAACAUGUACAACUUUCUACCACCAGCACCCAGUCUCCCUCCAUGAAUUGGAGGGAUAACUCCUGUAGCAGGGAACCUUCUGUACUCAUGCAUGAUAUAGAACCCAUAUUUUCUGUGGUUCUAAAUCUUGCAAGGAGCCUACUUGAGCAGAGAAGUUUUCCCGCUGCAGAAGUUCCCUCUCCAGCUCAUAGAGAGCAAUGGGGGCAGAACUAGCAUGGUCAUCCUCACUCUCCCCUCUUGCAUGUUGAUUAAUCACAGAAGAAGAAUGCUUGCCCUGUUUAUCCAUCACCACCUCUUUAAGAUGUCAUUGACACUGAUGUCUCAGUUCAUUUCAGAUAUUUCUAUUGUGCUAAUGCCACUGAAUAUAACACUGCUGCUACUUCAGGACUCCACGGCUCUUCUACAAAUAUUCCAUGAAGCAGUUACUACACUAUUCCACUUUUACUGUGUAAAAACAUAAUUCUGGAGGCUUAGCUCUAGCAUCCUGUGUUUGUCAAUGCAGUACACCCAAAAUAUUCAAUUCAUUCAUAACUGGUUUAAUAACCUCAAGUAUGUUCCAUGCUAAUGUUAACAUAAUUAGUGCAAUGUGUAUAUAGUCUCUUCUUGAAUUAUUCCUGCAAGUUCUAAAUGUUCUAAAACUGGAAAGAUGUUGAGUGAGAAGCAGCACCAACACAAACUAACUGCGCUUGAUGUAUGCCUAUCCAGCUAUUUGUUCCAUUGUAUUUGACCACAUGGCAGUUUUUAAUAGAUUCCUAAAUUCUCUCUACAUUUCUAAAACACCAUAUUCAAACAUGUCUUUCUGAAUAGCUACUAGACCAUUGUUGUUCAUGCUUUGUAUCUGAUGCUUUUUUCCAGGAAGCCUUAAUUUUAUUCCAUAAAGAACAGGACCAAAUUAGAUAAACUUGAUGGCAGAUUCAUAUGUUGGUGUUCUUGGACUUUCAUGCCUUGCACCAUUUCCGUCCUCCACUGCUCAAUUGUCUGUCCAUAGCUCAAGUCUCUGUUAAGGGGAAAGCCUCUUAAAAACAUUUCUUUUUUCAAGGGGGACACAGGGGGACGCAUACCCCUAAACAUUUUGUGAAUCUUUGUACUUUUGUCCAUUUACUGUAAUUAUUUUUCCCAAUUUGAACUAUAAAAUGGUGAUUUUCUUGAGUCAAAAUGAGAGUACACUAAACUUUUUUUUAGAAAAAAGCACUACUUAAAACAGAAGCAAAGUCAUUGAAAAUCAAUCUUCUACCUCCAUCUGCUUUGAGUCAGAACAUGAGUUUUCAUUCUUUAUUGAAAUGAUUCUCCCCCCUCCAUUUUUUAAGCAGUUAGGUCCUGCCCCUUGUCUUCUCUUCCAAUAGCAGAUUGCCAUUGUGUUUUUUAUGGACUUCUCUAUUGUCUAUGACUCUAUGUCAUCCCCAAAAUUCUUUUGCAGCUUUUCUUAAUGCCCUACCUUGUACAGCUUCCAGCUAUUUUCCAGCACUAAGGAUAUCUCUCCCACUAUCCCUCAGUGAAAUUAACAGAAAUGGUUUUAGUCUUUAAAACACACACUUGCACCUUAAGAUUAAAGCCCCCUCUGUCCCCCUCACCAUCCCUACAAUUAUAAAAGGCAAAGGUGCUACUUUUGUCUCAUGCCUCUAUGCAAGGAAGAAUUUAGUGCUCUCAUGAGAGGCUGUCUCAGACAGAGAUGUGUGACAAUACUGAAUGUUAAUUAAAUUUAGGGCCCUUGUUGCUUUGAAAGUUGAGUUUCCAUGUUUUAUGGGAAUAUAAUCUUUAUCAGUCAGUUUUGUAGGUGCUCUGGUUUCACUGUGUUGGGUCAGAGGAGGGAAACUGAUAAUUUAGGGAGUAAUUAAGAGGCCUGAAUAUUAUUCUAUUAAUAUAUUUUUUUUCUAUUCUGAAGUGUUUAUUUCUAGAUUUAGCCUCAAAACUCUGAGGAUCCAUACUUGUUUGAACUCCAUAGGGCAAUAUUCUUUUAAUCCUGCCUAGAUUUGUUUUAACACGGAAGGUUGUCGUAUUUGCCAGGAAUAGAAUUGCAGUGCUUCAGGGUUUGUACUUCCAUAAAUUCUUUCAUGACUUUAAUUUGUAUUUGAUUGUUGGCAGGGUUGCAAGAUUUGUAUGAUCUGAUUGACUGACUGGGUAAUUUUUUUAAUUAAAUAUAGUUUGAACUCCCUUAAAACAUGCUGCAUUUGCUUAUAAAGGAGUUUGAAAUGAGUUUUGAAGUAUCUUCCCCGCACUUGGUCAUCUUUAAGUACUUGAGCAAGCAGUUAACAUUUAUGACUCCAUUUUAAUAAAUGUGUUGGAGGUCUUUAACGCAAACAAAAUGUGCUAUUCAGGCUAAUUAAAUCAAUACUACCAUGUAGGAACUUGCAGUUUCUGGAAUUGCUCUCUUAAAGCUCAGAUAUAAACAAAAACCUCGUUAUUUUUGUGGUGUACUACCCUGAAUGAGGGAGGUGUUUCCUGCUUUAUACUGUUAGUGGAAUGCAUAUGGGAUUUUGUUGUUGUUGAAAUGUGACCUGCAGCUGCAUUGGAUUUGAGCAGAGCUGUGUGGGGUGGCAACAUAUGAGAAUUCCAAAUUCUCCAGCACAUUGUCUCCAGUUUACAAGAGAAAAUAAGAAGUUUCAUUUCCAACAAUUUCUUCAGUUUCUGUAGUUGCCACACUUGGCUGAAGCGUUUAAUUCAACCAACAAAUUAAAUAGGAAGGAUACUACAGGUAUUGACCCAGAAAUCAAUUAUAAAUUAUCCCAAAUUUUCUGAGCAGAAGAUAAUAAAAAGCCAAUAUUUUGGCUACAGUCCAAAGUUCCUUGUGUACGCAGUGAAGUCUCUUAUCCCAUGUCAAAGCAAUAUACAGGGUGCAAUCUGCCAUUUAAGUGAAUGAGUAACCUUGCUUCUGGGAACUUUCAGUAAGUAUAAAAGUCACACUAACAGCACAUGUCUACUCAAAAGCAGGUCCCACCCUGUUCAGUGCGAUUUACUCAGGUAAAUUUGUCUAAGUUUGCACUCUAAAGGUGCAAUCCUUUGUACACUUACCUGGAACUAUGGAUUGUAUCCUACAAAAUCAUUACAUGAGCAAGAUGGCUUCUGUUUGUGCAUUGGAACUACCCUACCCUUUCCUGCCUUGUGUGCCCCCUGCACUUCCUAAAAUCUCAUCUGGAGGUUUCCCCAAACUUUUGGAGCUGAUUGGGUUGGGUGUAGCAAGUCAGGUGGAAGGGCGAAGAAAGUUAUUCUUCUAACUUUCUUGGAUCUACCCUAAACCUCACUGAAAAUUGAACACAGAAGUGGGACUUUUGAGUAGACAUACAUAGGACCAGUGCUUUUUUUCUGGAGGGACGCAGGGGGACACAUACCCCUAAACAUUUGGUGAAUCUUUGUACUUUUGUCCAUUUACUGUAUUUCUUUUUCCUGAUUUGAACAAUAAAAUUAUGAUUUUCUUGAGUCAAAAUGAGAGUACCCCUAAACAUUUUUUUUAGAAAAAAGCACUGCAUAGGACUGUGCUAUAAAUAAUAGAGUCCUUUCCCAUGGAUGCAAGUAGCAGAAUUGCUGAGAGAGCAAAACUGGAACUAUCAUCUUGCCUCAUUCAAGAUGCACCAAUUGUAUAUUCUGCUUUGACCCUCAUAGUUAGAUUCUGACCCUGAUUAUGCUUCUUCAUUGGGUAAGCCUGGUUUCAGAAGUCGGUGCCAAACUGUAUGAUUCUAGUUUCUUUACCGUACAUGUUUGCUUUUACGUGCAGAAGACAGGACUGAACAUGAAGCACUAUGUAGUAUUUUACUUUUGCUUUGAUUGAGUUAUCUGUGUUAAAAACAUUUGCAGGUCAAGGAGAAUUUAAAGUGAUGAUGCAGGUCAUUAGCAAAAAACAAACAAAAAAAUCCCUAGGCUUCAUGUUUCUCCUCUGCAUGUCAUGAUCUCUUGUCCAUGUUGUGUGCACAGCUCAAGACCACCAUGCACACUGCCCAGACUUGUGCCCCCUGGAGGUCACUUUGGCGCUGCUAAUGCAAUGGUUUGACUUCACUUCCAGAGGUGCACUCCCAUUGUCUCUCAAGACAGAUGGAUGCCACCAACACCAACAUUUGUAAUACCAUCUCUUAAGAAGAAACAAACCCUGAUUUAAAAUGUAUUCAUGUGGGGGAAAUCCCAUAUUGUAUAUGAGAAAAUUGUUUCUAUAGAAAUAACUAGCAAAGUGAAGUUGGUAUACCUAACUUGAAAUCUUACUACAGUUCAUAUUAACUUGGUUUCUGCAUUUAAUAAAAAUUAAAGAAAAUAUAUGCAAAACACUCGUGAAGAAUAUCCAUUGUAUUAGAGGUACAACAACAACAACAACCACCACCUUAUCAAAUAGUCUUGUGGCAUCUUCAAAGACUAUUGGAUUAAUUGUGGCCCAAGCUUUAGCAGGCUGGAGCCUACAGCACUUAUGGAAUAAGGGCAAUGGAUGAACAGGUGUAUGUUUGUAUGACACAGUCUAGUCAUGGAAGCCAUCAACAUUCACCUCCCUACUAAUUCCGCAGCAAGGGUUUGGGAACACAGAUGUCUCUUGUAAAGUUUUACCAUGUAGUGAUUUUAAAGUGGAGCUCUUAAAAUGGCUGUGGAAUGCAGAGCCGAAUAACUUCACUCUCUUUCAUUCCCUUUCCAGGCAUUCUAAAAUGCACAUUAGGACAGGACUGAUGGAUGCUCAUCUGUACUGCUUGAAGAAAUGUGUGGUAGAUUUCCUUGUAGAGAACAGGUAAGGAAAGAGGUUUUCUAGAGUCUAAAUCACAUGUGCAUUUUAAAGUGUUUUAAUAAUCACAUUAGAAAUUAUGUGGAAUGCAUAAGGUGGGAUUUUCUGUUCAGAGAUUCUUCAACUGUUGGAAGAGGGUGGGUGGGCAGAGAGAAGAUACUUUUAUGAUUCUCAACCCCAUUUAAUUGCUGUGAUUGGGUUUGAAUGCUUCCUAAAUUCCUCUUCUCUUAAAAAACAAACAAAAACACAACAAACCCUUAAGCUUUUCCUGUUCUAGCAGCUGCAGUAUUUUCUACCCAACCUCUGUUCCUUAGGUUAAUCUCUUCCACCUCCUAUGCCAACCCUGUAGUGACAAUGUCAGAUACAAAUGCUCCUUUAUGCCACACAAUCUCCAAAUCUGCUUUGGAGGGGGUUGGGGAGGGGGUCGCUCAGAACAGUUUUAGGAAGCACAUUGGAGGAGGAAAGGGAGAGAAUGAUUUGCUUAGUGAUAUGUUGAAUACAACCCUGUCUGUAUAUCACCUCUGCACACUAUUAGUGGAAGAAAGCACUUCUGGUGAGACACUGUGUUCAGCAAUCUUACUUUUAGCCCUCACCUGAUGAAAAAUCAGCUGGGCUGUGGUGAAUGAGAGAAGCCAGAAGCUUCCUCCCAGAAACAGAGCUACAAAGGUGGAGGGAUGAUUCCAGCCCCAAAGAUGGGAGGAAGGUUGCAAUUUGCUUUAGCUUCAUGCUUGUUUGAUGCCAGCAAAGAGCUAAAACAAGCCUUUGCCCUCCCCAUUGUCUCAUUUUUGUGCCUGUGCCUCAGGUGGAUGGAACUCCAGCUGCAUGGCAGGUGCAGAGAAGGCCUGCAGGAGUCCACAGCCCCUUUCCAUUUCUGAACUGCAGGAGAACCACAGAGGUGCCUCUGUUUGUCCUUGACCUUCUGCUGUGUUCCAGAGAUACAGCUGGUGUCAGAGCUGCUUCUUAGUGAUGGCUAUGUUCUUUUAACCACUAAUUUUUUUAACUGAGUUUUCCUGAAACAUUGGUACAGAUUGCAUAGUUGCAGACACAGCUGCAAGGCAUUGUACUGAAUCACUGUAAAGAUGACAGCAACAACAAGAAUGACAUUGAUCAUAUUGACAAAAGGUUCACUGGCCACCAAGUCUAUCCAAAAUUAGUUGACCACUGGUGCCAUGUGUGAUAUGGGAAGGCUCAUUAGUUUUAACCAAGAAGUUACCACAGGACUUCUGCUAGCUGAACAUAUCAAAUGAGAGGGAAGUUUGUUCAGCAUAAAUGCUUGACAGUUAACUGUAUCUGACAAGACCAAAGCAAGCUGUUUAGACACUUAAAUUAAAUCCAAACCCUCAAAUGUGUAUUUUUUUAUGACUGAUAACUUCCCACCCAAAAGCAGUAGCAAUAGAAAAUGGGAUAUGCCACACUGAACCAAUAAUCUUGCUGGUUUCUUAGAGAAACCUAAUACAUGCCUGCUUUCUCUUAAUUCACAUCUAUUGGGGCUUCCUUGUUAACAAAAUUAACAUAUUUCCAUUCCUUUUGUGUGUAUCUUCUGUGUGUAUAUUGUUUUGUGCAUCUGCAAAUCCCACCCCAUCCUGGAUAACCUUGCACAUCUUUGAUACAUCCUGUAUUCUUUAACUUGUGGUGUUUCUUCUAUGAAACUGAGACCACCCACUGAGAGGAAGCAAAACAACUAUUUAUGGAAGAGAGCAAUCCUGGCUAGAACAGUCUUUAUUGGAAAAAGUCAGCGCAUUUGCCUUAAAAUCAGGAGCAGCCCAUAGUUGAGCCCAUGGACCCUCGCUUUUAUUACCACUUGCUGUAGUCACUACCGUAAAUGAGAUAGGUUGUGUACUUCAGUGUCUCUCAUCACCUUGGAAGCCAAAUGUCUGGAUUUAGGAAACUUCAGGAAGGCAACUCUAUUUUUUACUUUUAAAAAAGCUGGUGUGAGUGGGAUAGAAUGAAAAUCAGUAAAAAUUGCUGCUACGUGAUACAGCAGAGAUAAUAGUUUACUAAACCUUAACUUGUUCAUGAAAAAGCCAGCCAAGGAAGAGAGGUCAGCUUCAGAAAUACAUCUACAUGCAGGAUGUUCCCUUCAGUACAAUGCACUCGAAUGGUAAAAGGACAGGGGCAGUACUGUAUUCAACUACCCACAUCUCAUCAGUGCAAGGAUUUCCUCUUGCACAACAGGACUUUUCCUCCCGCUGUGCAUACCCUGCACUCUCCACAAAUCUGCUCCAAAUUGUUGCAAGAACCCCUAAAACAGGUUUGGGGGGGGGCUGUGGAGAGAGGGGAGGAGAAUGUUCUGUUGUGCCUUUGUGCUUUUGAAUAUUCUACAGCCAUUUGUGAGAAAGGCAGACUUUGCAUUCUGUAGUGACCUCCAGAUUAGGCUGCUGUAAUAUGCUCUAUGUGGAAGUAUUUGGAAGCUUCAGUUUUUGCAGAAUACGGCAUGUAGAAUGCUGACAGAAGCUCAGCACUCUGAUUUUAUCAUGUGGGUUCUAUGUGAUUUUCUGGGCUCAAUUCAAGGUGCUGGUCUUAAACGUAGAUUGGAAUCUGUGUGCUUUGGAAACUGUCUUAUUCAAAAUGUUCCUCCCUGCACAUACUGAGUGUCAUAUGGGGCUUUGAUUCAGAUCCCUCAACCUUGGGAGGUGAAGCUGGUGUUAGCUAUGAGUAGGGCCUUUUCUGUUGUGCCACCUACCCUAUAGAGUCCCUUGCUCUGUGCAAGAUCUAUUGGGAACCCUUACUCUAUUGAUUAGUACGAUAAGCUAAAACUUGGCUUUAAAAAAUGCAUUUGGUUAAUGUUUUAAGUUUUGCUGGGUCAGUUUUGCUUACUUUUGUGCUUCUGGGAUUUAUUUGUUCUUAAUGUAUUAAUCUGAAUGCUUAUAGGGGUACUUUUAGGGAUUAUUUUAAUUUUGUUCUUAAUACUGUUCGUAAGUCCCAUUGAAUCUCUUUGGUGAAAGAGGCAAGAUAGAAAAUUAUGAAAUGAAUAAAUUUCUGGUUCUAGUCCUCAUGACUAGCGGGGCUGGAUAUCAUCUAUAGCAGGAAGUUCCACACCUUCCUAUAUCACCAGACCAAGCAGUUGCCAUUUAUCUAGAUUCAACCUGUGUUGGUUGGUUUUCAUUCAUUAUUACAGUUAACCUCUCCCACCACCUGCCUCCAAGGAGCUCAGAGUGCUGGAUACAGUUCUUCCCCAUUUUAUCCCAGUAACCCUGUAAGGUAAGCUACACCAAUAGAUAGUGACUGGCUCAAGGGCCGAGCCCAUUAUACCAUGCUGGCACUCAUCUGCCCCACAGCUAAGGUAGGCAAUUAUUUAGUAAAAUAAACCUUUGAGCCUGAUUCUGAGGGGGAAAGGCAUGCAUUGACUAAACAAGAAGGAGAGCAAAAUAGAAUCAGGCACCUAUCACAAAAGGAAGAUUUGAGGACAACUUCCUCUUAAGUAACCUGCCUUCCUAUAUAUAUUCUUAAAUAAACCAAACUAGAAUUUAAAACGGAUGAAUUAGUUUUGUCUUAUUUUGUCAAAUUUUUAAUUUUUUGUCCUUAGUGAGAUUCAACAGCUAUGCGUGGAUCAGUUCGCUGAGUAACGUGGUUACUGCGCUCUGCUAAAAAGCUCGUUACAUUCCAGCUGAAGCUCUUGGCUGGCUUGUAUUCAGACUAGCUAAACUGUCACCUUUAGUGCUUCUGAAAAACAGGAAUUUAAAAAACAACUAUAAAUGGUUGAAAAACCCUGCAUUUUGAUAAACCACUUCCUCUGUAGUUCCCCUUCCUCUUCCUUCAGCCAGCCCUCCAGUCCUGCCUUUCUCUGGAAAAGUGUUCCAGAAAAGAUUGCUUCUCCAACCUCAACUACAGUUUGAAAUUCUUCCCGCGAGGGAAAAGUUGAAAUGUGUCCUGUACCUCCUAUGAAGAAUACUGAGAUUACCAGGGGGUGGGAAGCUGUGCUUCAGUUGAUGAGGGUAUAUUUUGUCCAUACGCUUCUGCUUGAUUUGCUUUGUGGUAUGUUGUACACAGAGGCCCCUGCAGGUUUACAUUAAGAUGCUGCCCAGACUAAACCAGCCCAUAGCUUUGCUUUCCCUUCUCAAUGCCUUUUUAUCAUUCACACUGUCACCUGUGUUUCCUGGCAAGGCCUACAGACUGUGAGGGAGGUCUGGCAGAGCCAAAAUCCUGGCUUAAUGCAUGCUUUCUCUCUCUCUUUCUCUCUCUUCUCACAUGCCGAAAAGAUGGCUGCAAAACAGAGCUUGCUCUGUGGACACCUAAUAGAGAACACGUCAGCCGUAUGGCUGGAAUGUAUUUUUUUGCCCUGUAAAAAUCAGGUUGUAUAAUGAAUACUUUCCUUGUGAUUAAAAUGCAUAAAGAAACAAAUUUGUUCAGAAGAAACUGAGCAAAUUGCAAUAUUUCUAGUAAUCAAAAUGCAAACAAAAUGUAUGUCCUAAUUAUUUAUAAUGUGGAAUAUGAAGUUUUGUCUGUUAAGUAAAUGUGCAAUUAAGGAUAUGUGGUUAUUGUUUUUCCUUCCUACUUAUGAGGAGACCACUGCUUCACACUUGCCUACAUUUUAAACAGUCCCAUUUAUUUUAUCUCAAUAACUCUUAAAUCUGAAGAUUUACAGAGUUGGGGGUGGUCCUGCAGUAGGGGAGGACAGAGUACCUGAAAGGGAAUGAAACUUUGAGGGCACUGAAGUCACCACCUCUUCCAUAGGAAGCUUUUUCUCUGCUCAGUGCUACUUAGAUUUCUUUGGUGUCUAUGUUUCCUAGCUGGUCUCAGUUGUAUUUCUAGCUUUCAGAUGUGCACACUGUCAAAUUUAACAGUCUUUGUAAUUGUCAUUUCAGAGUGUUGUAGGUAUGUGAGUAUUUUGAAUCAUAGAACUGUAUGUGAAUCCUUUGAUUUCUUGAUAUAUUAAAAUAUGAGCAACUCCAUCCAGAAGAGGCUGUUGGUCCCAGACGUGGGAACUACCUGCAAACAGCACCUCCAUCUUAGCUGGAUUUAGCUUCAGUUUUUUGGUCCACAUGCUGCUUAUUACUGCCUCUAAGCACAGAUUCAAUAUCUGGACUUCAUCUCCUGACACUGAUGGAACAGAGAGAGAACUGGAUGUCAUCAACAUAGUGAUGGCACCUCACCCCAGAUCCUCUAAUGACUCCAUCAUAUAGGUGUUAAAUAGCUUGGGCAACAAGAUCAAAUCCUGUUGGGCAACCACAGAAGAACUUUCAUGGAACCAAACAGAAGUCAUCCAGUGUUAUGCUCUAGAAUUGCUUUCAGAGAUAAGAGCAGAACCACCAUGCUCCCAACUUCCAAAUUCUGCAAGUGGUCUAGGAGGAUACCAUGGUCAAUGGUAUCAAACGUUGCUGAAAGGUCAAGGAGAAUCAACACACACCCUGUCUCUCUCCCAACAACGGUCAACCAGAGCAACUGAGUCAGUUUCAGGCCCCAAACAAGUCUGAAGCCAAAUGUUUUAUCCAACUAUGCCUGGGGCUAUACCACCUUCUUGAGUACCUUUGGACAUUUUUGCAUACAUUGGGGUAUAUUAAGAAGCACCUUAGUUUGAUUUAAGUGAGAUUGUUUUGUUUUUUGAAUUUGCUACCAGAAACAAUGAAUAGUUAGGAACGGGAGUCUGGAAUAACUAACUCCAAGAUAUGGUACAUCUCUGAACAUGGCUUUAUAGUCCCACUUAAGGUCUGUACCUGUUCUGUGUUAUAAAAUUCAAUGGCAUAGAACUGUCAGACUGUGUGGAGACUCUGAAGUCAUCAAACUGAUCUGUGUCCUUGGACUUAAACUAUCGUCACUAGUAAUAUAACAGGUACACAACAGUAGAUGAACGUAUCAUUUUGUAACCACAGCCAUGUGACACUUUCAGUGGCAAUAUAAGCACUGCAUGAGGGAAAUAAUAGAUUUUAUCCAGUGCUUCUACAGUAGACAUAUACUGUGGAAUUGCCGUGCUUUCUUCACUGUUUUUAUGAAACACCCUCAUGGCACCACCAUCCAUCAUUGUCAUCCUCUAUUUUCUUUGAGGUUCUUCCAUCUAUUCUCAGACUUCAGAGUGACUUUUUUUUCAGUAGAAUGGAAAAGUAGUGCAAUCUCCAGACUUGUGGAUGCCAUUUUUUUCCAGGAGAUCAAACAGGAGCUGUGAGCAUGGAAAGACAUGAGGCAAAAUGAUGUACACACAGUCCAGGCCAAAAAUUGUAUGCCUGUUUAUUUUCCCUGCUGUUGCAUAUAACGCACAUCUGCUAGCACUGCAUUCUUAGCAUGUCUCUGAAAUUCCUAAGUUUUAAAGACGGGAAUCAGUAAAGAAAGUUUUAAAAAAGAAGAAGCUAAUAAUGGCUUCUUCCAUUGUGCUCACUAAAGCCAUAUUGUGGGAAAUCAACCCAAACCCUGUCUUUUAAGGAGUGUUGAGUCUGAAGCAGGUGGUAUUAACUGGGGGCUGCAUUAACUCUUUUCAAAUCUCUUUUCCCUUUCCUUGAAGAGACAUGUUUGGUGUGUAUAUAUGGUAGGGGCUGUUUGCCCGCCUCCUGCAUUGACAUUUUAAUUUGGUCCAUGAUAUAAAUAUCAUUUCCCUAAUCCCCCUGUUCUUGGCAUUGUUUUGUCUUUUUUCUUCAAAGUGAGUUGACUUUUUUUUUCUUUAAAGCAGUGGGGAUUGAGGGGGGGAGGGGAAUUGUGACUGGUUGCUCUAGUUUGGAGAAAUAGAGAGCUGGGGGGAAACCUCCAAGUAACUGUUGUUUCAUUAUUUGUAUUCACAUGGAAAUUUUUAAUCUCCAUCAAAGGAUCAGGAGAAAAUAAUGUUGAGAUCCAACAAGAGUGCGCCUGGUUUACACGGCAUUUUUAAACGUUAUUUGGCUUUAUCCCUUAAAACGAUGAGAACCAUGAGCUAUGUACCAACAGGGUUCAUAAUUAACUUUUCUCUUUCUUCUAUCCUCUUUACUUUUUUGUCCCUCCCUCCCUUCCUUCCUUCCUCCGCCCCCACUUACAUCUUUCUUAUUUUUUUCGAAUCUGCAAAACUCAUCAGGACUGAAUUGGCAGAAUUAAUACUUAAUUGACAAGCAUCUGUCGGUUAGAAACCCAUACUGCUAUAGGUGUAACACUGGUCUAUUCCUAUUAAGAUCAAUAUGAAUUUCCUGGUCAUAAUAGAGGUAGGAAACCUAGCCAAAUCUCUGCUUAAAUUCUAGCCAGAUAUUACCAGAUGGUGGUGUAAAAGACAGACCAUAGGAAUAUCAAGUCACAGCUCUCUAGAAGUGUCAGGUGAACUUCCCAUAGGAGGUGCAGCUGGCUUGAGAGGCGAAGGCAAAGCAGUGGCAGAUAUUAAUAGUAGAAAGAUACUAAAAAGUGGGAGGGAGGCAACAGAGGAACUGAGCCAAGAACCAAAGAGCUCUUUUCAAAAGCUCCAGGGAAGUAACUUUAUAAUUGUUUAGGCUUAAUCCCUCAGUAUGUUAAGAAACCCUACCUACAGUCUCAACAAACCUUCAAAUGAAGCAAUCAGUCAGGGGGACCCUGAAAUUAAAGGAACAAUUCUGCUCUGUUGCUUUGGUCUCUGUAACUACUAUUAUACCUGAGAAAAUAAGUGAUGGUGUUGCUCUUCUUAAUGAGGAGGGCAACACUCCCACCCUGUAAGCAGUGCUAAAGAAAGGAUAGCAGAUUUCACAGGUGGGGGCUGGCAACAAUAAAAGAUUUCACACUUCAUCACAGAUCAGUAUUUAAAAAACACACGAGGCGCUAUUAAAAUGCUAAUACUCAUUAAUACUGUUUUAUGGUGUUUAACUUUAAACAUAGAAAAUAAAAAUGAAUGACAGCCAGUGAAAUGGGAGUGACACUUGUAGUAAAAACAUCUCAAGCAAGCAAGAAACAGUACAAGGAAGUAUAAGCAAUGGCUGUGUCCAUCCCUGCGGGGGGUCAGGCCAAAGAGCACCAUUUUGAGGACUAGGAGGCAGAGGAGACCAUCCAAGAAUUAUCUGUAUGACAUGAUUUUGGAGUAGCUGGUUUUGUUGCUUUUUGCCAUGACAGUGGGCCAGUUUUUGUUACUAACAGCGUUGUCAAAUAUUUUUCAGGAUUUAGGGUGUGUUUUGCUAAACGCCAGUUCUUGGGAUCCUGUUCUGCAGAGGUGGGAAUCUUGCUCUGCAUGAAGGACUUUUUAUAAAUAUAUUGUAAGCUGUAGGCCUGUGGCUAAUUUUACAUAUUUUAUUUGGAUAAUGGAAAUUUCAUCCCUUCCCUGAAAACAUUCAUGAAGCUUCCUGUGCAAUGAAGUGUAGAUGUUCAUUUGGUGGACAUGUUCAUUUGGUGAACAUGUUAAUUACCCUUGUCCUAAAAAUAUUAGCCCUCAAAAUAAAAAGCCAACCCCAGAAUUGUUUUAGAUUUGUCUUAGAAAUCAACAGAUUUUGCAUGCAGUUUGUUUUUCUUAUUCAGUUAACCUUUUGCAUGAGACUUUGUCCGUGGCAAUAGGGCCAAACCCCACAUUUUUCAAAUGAGAUUUUUAUGCUGCUGGGGAGUCCUGUUUCAGCCAUCGGCGUGUAAGUUGCCUGCCUCUGUUCUGCUUCACUAUAUUCCUCCUGCAGAGUUCUGCAGGCUUCAGCUGCCAUGACUGCAAGUUUUCACCAACUUGUGGCUGAAUUAUUUUCUGUAUGUGGAUCAGACAGUACAAUUCAAUCACUUGGAGGCCUUUGGGGAAGCUAUAGGAUCCAGGAUAAGAGGGAAAAUAUCUGGAUUUUAUCAGUUUGCCUCUUCUUAUGCCCCAUCUGCAGAGAGUGAUGAGAAUUGUUAGAGGACUGCUAUUCCCUUCAAGGAGCUACAGUUAUCAGAGCUCACAGCAUCUUCAACUAACUACAAUUCCCAAGAUGCUUGAAGGGGAGCCAUGACUGUUUUAAGUGGUAUGAUGCUGCUUUAAAUGUAUAGUGCAGAUGGCACCUAUGUUAUAAUCUGAGCAGGCAGCUGCUGCUUCUGUCUUACCUGAAAAAUCAAGAUGGGCUACUUUGGUUCUUCCCAUCUUCCUUCUGAUUGGCCUCUAUUAGUGUUAAUCCUCCUGCCUUUCCCUUCCUUCUUGCUCCAGCUCCAUAUUAAUUUGCCACAUUGACUGGCAGACUUCCAUGUAAGAUUCUCACGCCAUCACUAGUGUUGGCAAAAGCCUUAAAGAAAAUUCCAAAGGCAUUAUUGCUCACUGCCUUUCUGCUAAUAAAACAAUACCUUCCAAAAGCAUUAGACCCUGGGACAAUCCACAAUAAGCCUUGCUUAAGCAGCACCGAAUGACCAGCAUUCACAUGUGAUUAUUUUUUCCUACAAAAUGUGUGUUAAUGCGGAAGCAGGUUGAUAGUGCCAAGCUAGAGAUCAUGCUGUUUAUUGCAUACACCCCAAUUUUUAUUUUCUAAAGGGCAAUAUAAUGCUAGGUAGAAGCAUCCUGAGAUAAGUGUUUGUCAAGCCAGGAAUGCAACGAUCACAACCAAGCACAGCUUUGCCAUCUUCCCAUUUCCAUCUCUUUAAUGCCCUGCUGGGCAACAUUGCAUCAGACAAGGUUGGCCUCUGCCAAACGCAGCAAUUUUAUAUGUAAUGGAUCCCAUAAAUGCUCUGGUCAGUCCCUGAGAGAAACACAGGACUGUCAGUUUUGGACUCAGCAUAAAACCCAAGCAGGAAAUCAUUGCUGAAUGGCACAGCUGCGUGUAAACAUUUUAAGCUAGUAAACUGCCCGUCUGCAUUCCCACAUGCAUGGCAGAAGGCAAGGCAGUAGGGGAGGAACUAUGGUGCACUCAGAUUGUAAACAGCAGGGAGAGAUGCUGUGAUUCAAGAAUGAAGAGUUAUUCAUUAGUUCUUGAUUAUAGCCACUUUAAGCUCUGUGAUUAUUUCAGACAUUAAGGACAGAUUGCAAAAUACAAUGCACAGAGGAGGGUAAAAUUAUGACAAAAUAAUAUAAUUAUGUUUAGAUACUUCAGAUUGCUCCACAAGCAGUGCCUAAAAAUUUAUAGGGUACAAUUAUGAAACUUUGGUUGAAAACCUCAGUGGUACCAAUGCCAGGAAAAUGCUGGGUUUAAUCUUUACAGUAGGUCUGGGGAUGAAAGCUGAAAUAUCCCAUGGAAGUCAGAGAUGGAAAAAAUCAACUCUGGCUUCAAACCUAAUCCAACUCCUCUAUGUCUCAAGGCCAUUUUGCAUAUUACUUUUCAAACAUCAUCUCUGAGUAGGAAAAAAUGUGUGUCCUGUAAUAUAUGAUGGGUGGCUUGUACACAUCAGGAAGCAAAUACCACCACGGCUUUCUGAUGUAUGAACCUGAGAUGUUCACAUCCCUCUCAUUUCACUUCAUAUAUUACACUAUACACAUUUUCCAACACUACAAACAAUUUCCAUGUUUGAGAAAGUGUCAUACAUAUGGUACUAUGAGAAGACCAACUACCACAGGAUUGUUCUUAGUGCAUAUGCUGCAUCUUUUAAGAAUCCAUUCAAAAUGUGAAAUAACUCACUCUCCAUGAUUUAUUUCUAUGAUCUUCAUCUCUUUGCUAUGUGCCAACCUAGAAGCAAUGCCUUUUUCCUCCCUAAGGAAAGAACCAUGUGUGGUCCAAGAGCUUGCAAUUUUAAACAAGCAGAGUUAGCCUCUUAUCCUCAUUUCGUGAGGCAAAUAAGUCAGCACUGCUGGAACAUACAAGGAGACAGCAAAUCAGUCCCAGGUGUCCUAGUUACAAACACAGAGGAGAAAUCUGUAAUGCCACUAAAAUUGUUUUAAUCCUUUCACCACUAAAUUGUUUGUCUGAAACCAUGAUAAGAUUACAAAAAGGAACACCUGCUGAGUGAAAGCUGCUUAGUACCAACAAUAUUUUCAGAACAUAACUAUUUAGAUUCUAAUUUUACCCAGGUUUUUGUUGUUGUUUUUUAACUGACAUGGCUAAUGCUUUUGUGUUGUGAAUGUGGAGUGGGACAGGGCUUGUAGUGCCUGUGCCUCUCAGAGCAUCUCUGGAACUUUCUAAAGCAGGAGUGGCUAAUCUGUAGUCCUCCAGAUAUUACUGGACUGCAGCUCCCAUCAUCUCUAACCCUUUGGUCAUGCUGGCUGGGGCUGAGGACAGUUGCAGCCUAAGAACAACUGGACAGAACAACAGUUUAGCCAGGCCUUUCAUGCAUUUGUCGCAAGGGGCAAAGUGGUGCCUUCCUCAGUUCUUUUCUGAUCAUUGCAACAUAACAGAGAACUUUAUCUGAGCGUCCUCUCUGAGCUCAGUGAUUUUACACAUUUUUCUUUCAUUUUCUUAAUAUUUUCACUUAAUUGGCUUAGACUCCAUUCGUAUUUUGCAAAAAUCAUUUUAUUUUAUUUUACCACCAACCCUCUGACACAGUAGGUAAUGUUUUAAAAGUACCUCAUGUGUGGAAGCAGGCAAGGUUAUUGCUUGAUAUGUCUAGUUGGGGAGCACAAGACUGAGCACUGUUGCUAAGGAAAUUAUCGUUUUAGAGUUUAUGCUUUUGGUAAAGGCCUCCUCUGCUGAAUUGGUGGGGGGACUUUCCAGGGAAGCAGUAUAAACGGUCUCUUUUCUGGCACCUUCCAACCCUGCUUCUGACCCCACUGUGCAAUUGGCUUCUGAUGACUAAGACCUCUUGCCUAAGACUGAACAUGCCACCAAGAAGACUUCCAAGCACUCAGAGGAGACAAAGCUCUUUGCCCCUUCAGAUCCACGUACUUGAUUUUUAUUUGCAUUAAAUUGAGCUUCUUGUGCAUAGCUUAGAAUAUCAUUGUAGUUAAGCAGUAUAUAAAAUGUUCAAAUAAAUAAAUAGAUUUCUGAUGGACAGAAGCAGCCACAGAAACACGUUGGCAAAGUCUCCCAUCUCUGCUUUGGCUUCUCCUCCUACUCUAGCUAUGGUAUUGUAAGUACGUGGGUCUCAGUCCCAAGACCUGCUGAUCUGAUUCAGUUAUUUACCAUUUGCCCACUUGUGAGGCUGCACAGAGACCUCAAAGAAAAGCAACUUGCUUAUCUUAGCCCCCGUGUUCUUCAAGUGGUCAUCUGUAUAGUAUAACACAAGAGGGGCCCUGCUGGACCAGAACAAAGGACUGUCUAGUCCAUCAUUCUGUUCUCACAGUGGCCAACCUCAUGCCUAUGGGAAGCCCACAAGCAGAACCUGAGGGCAAGAGUGCCCUCCCCACCUGCCAUUUGCAGCAACUGGUAUUCAGAGAUCUACUGCCUCUGAGGUAGAACGUAGGUAUUGUGACUAGUGGCCAUUGGUAGCUUUGUCCUCUGUGAAUUUGUCUAAUCCUCUUUUAAAGCCAUCCGUCCAAGCUAUAGUUGGCCAAGUAUACUGCAGUUAACCCACUCUCUUUCCCUGCUCCCGCUGUGUCGUCUUUGUUGGUUGGUAUAAGGAGGCUGUGUGGAACGUAAUGAGCACUAGAGUGUUCUUGUCCAAAUCUAGUUCUCUCUGACUCAGGAGAAGGGACACAGGAGCACCAGCUCACUGGCUUGUGUCAUCUUUCUGUAUUAUAUAUAAAGUAUCUAAUAUGUGCUCGGUGCUGUACAGAAGUCAAAACCAAAGUGCAUGUCUACUUGCUCACAGUUUAAAGGUUCUGCAAAUGCUCUGCUCGGGUUUCAAAUCCAAUGGCAUAAAUGCAAAGAUAACCACUUGAAUAUCAGUUAUAAAUACGCAACCUGUUUUUCUCGAAGUGUUUCCAGAUUUAAUAUCUAUGUUGUUUUGUUUUGACUUCCCCUAGGUCAUUUACAUCAAUCCGAAGUGAGCUGAUUCCAUACUUGGUUAGGAAGCAGUUUUCAUCUCCUGCACCAUUGCAACAGGGACAAAACAUCAAAGAGCAUGACCAAAGGAAAAAGGACCAGAAACCACUAGGUUAGUUCAAAAAGGAGUAUGUAUGUAUGUAGACAGCUUAUAUACUGCUUAAUUAUAGACAACCCCACCUGCUUCAGCUGAAUUGCACAGAUCAACUGAUGGGGGAGCUGAGUAUCCUGUACAUGUGUGCAUGCAUGUGAGAGCCACAUCCACUUUCGUGGAUGGCAUUUUGUACAGCACACAGAAACAUGCAUGUGAAGAUGUGCUGUAUGCUUUCCCAAGUAAUGGUUUCAAAAUAUUAUGUGAUGUUCACUCAAAUCUCAUUUUUAUGGCUUUUGCAUAUUGUACAGACAUCUAUAGCUUCUUGAAGGAGGAUAGCCUGUUUGAAUUGGGCACAGACAACCUUUGUUGGAACAAUCGGAGAGGAGAUAUGAAGGAAGCAUUCCAUGAAGGGAAAGUUCGUUGUUAUGUUCACAUAAUGAAAGAUGGGCUGUGCUACCGAGUAAACACUCUUGGGCUUUACAUUGAAGCUAACAGACAGGUAAAACAAAAACAAACCACAUCUGCAUGCUUAUCUGUCUACUGGGACAAUUUUGAGAUGUUGCAUGACUUGUGGAAGAUGGAGGUGUGUACAUGUUUGCAACAGUCCAGUAUAGACUGGUGUCCUGUGAUCAUAAAUACACAAAUUUGGGAAUUUAUUUUUUACCUUGUUCUUUUGUCGGGCACCCUGUGCUAUCUGUUGGAAAUCUAAACUGUAUGGGUCUAUUUAUUUAUUUAUUUAUUUAUUUGUUUGUUUAUUUAGUAGAUCACCCUUCGUCUGUAGGUCUCAGGAUAGUUUGUAAUAUUACAAUAUAAAAAACACAAAAUACAUAGUAAAAUUUCCAAUACUGUGUGUAGUUGUGGCAAAAAUGCUGCAGGAUUUUGUUGAUGGGUAAGGUGGGAAGUUUCUGCAUCUUGGCUGCAUCACUUAGAGGAAGGAGACUGAGUGGCCAAAGACUGCUCACACUUUUAAGGGAUACCAUUGCGUUCUCCAGAUUGCCACCAUUUUGAGGGCAUUUAGGUUUGUACAAUCAAAAUAGAUUAAAGUGCUCUGGUACAACAAAUCCACUUAAAAAAACAACACACAGAGAGAGUUCUUGCAGUUAGGAAAGUGACAGGGAAAUGCAUCCUAAAGUGUGGGAUAUGGAUGUAUUGGUAGGAAGACCACCCUGAAUUCUCAUUGCCAUGUAAUAUCCCUGCAAACAAAACUGUACAUCAGCUCAAUAAAGAGCAGGUAUAGUAUUACAUCUAUGUAAAUUUUGUAGAAAGAAAUCAGGAUAAAUGCUUAAUAAACAGGUCAUCUGGAGGAGCCCCAGGCAUUGGACAGUAACCUGUUCUGCCAUUUGAGAUGAAGGGGACCUGUUCUGUGGCAUAGCCGGGAUGGCAGCCAUUUUAUGGCAGGGGCGAGAGAGAGAGAGAGCACUGCUGCUACCAUUGUUAAUUUUGAGCAGUAUGGCUAAGGGGGCCACUACUUGCUGUCAGCCUGUGUAAGAAGCCACAAAGUUGAAUUCAUCCAGAAACUGUGUGGGUUGCCUCUAACCCCCCCCCCCCGCCCCGGCCGCCUUUAAGAUAUCUAAACAGUUGAAGCAUUUGGGGUCAGGACUGAAAAUGUGUUUGCACCUGGGUGGUAAUCCCAACUAAUGUGCAAAUCUUCACAGGGGUCUCGAUGGUCAGAGAAGAUUUUCCUUGAAUGUUUAACUUUCCGGGAUGGUAACAUUAUUAAGGAAACUAUGCCGAGGGAAAACAUCACAGCAAAAGUCAAUGAGGAGUCCUUAAAAGGGAGUGUUGUUUCUAACAUUCUGAUUUUGUUUUUUCAUUUUUUGGUUCGGGGUGCCCCUUUUAAAAAAUCUGUAUAUGUUUGAUCUGCGUACACAUCCCGCCCUACUUUUUCUGCUUUAAUUUGUGGAGUUGCAUUCAGAAUUCAUUCACUCAUUUAUUUGUGAGCAUAUUUAGAAGAAAUGGAGGCAGUGAGAAAUUUUACUUUCUUGGGCUCCAUGAUCACUGCAGAUGGUGACAGCAGUCAUGAAAUCAAAAGACGCCUGCUUCUUGGGAGAAAAGCAAUGACAAACCUAGACAGCAUCUUAAAAAGCAGAGACAUCACCUUGCCAACAAAGGUCCGUAUAGUUAAAGCUAUGGUUUUCCCAGUAGUGAUGUAUGGAAGUGAGAACUGGACCAUAAAGAAGGCUGAUUGCCAAAGAAUUAAUGGUUUUGAAUUAUGGUGCUGGAGGAGGCUCUUGAGAGUCCCAUGGACUGCAAGAAGAUCAAACCUAUCCAUUCUUAAGGAAAUCAGCCCUGAGUGCUCACUGGAAGGACAGAUCCUGAAGCUGAGACUCUAAUACUUUGGCCACCUCAUGAGAAGAGAAGACUCCCUGGAAAAGACCCUGAUGUUGGGAAAGAUUGAAGGCACAAGGAGAAGGGGACGACAGAGGACGAGAUGGUUGGACAGUGUUCUCGAAGCUACCAGCAUGAGUUUGACUAAACUGCGGGAGGCAGUGAAAGACAGUAGUCCCUGGCGUGCUCUAGUCCAUGGGGUCACGAAGAGUCAGACAUGACUAAACAACUAAACAACAACAACAUAUUUAGUCACUGGUACAAUAAAAAUUAUGCCAAAGUCAGCAUUUUCUUCAGACCUGCAGCAUUAUUCUCUUAAGCCUGCUUCGCAUAUUACUGCUUUCUUUGCACCCUUUGUGUGCAUGUUGCAUAGUUAGGUUUGGAGUGGCUACAUGUAUACCUGUUCCAUCACAUGGGGGGAGAGAAGAUUAGCUUCUGCUUCACCAUACAUAAGCCACACCGUUAAGGAGAUGCAUGUACAGAUGUGCACACAGCAUAUUCUUUUUUAUCAGUAACUUGCGAAGCAGCUGUUAAUGCUUCAGCAGCAGAAGCAGAACAGCAGUUUACCUCCCUGCCCUUGCACUCAGGAAAUGUUUUACUUGUUUUCCGUUGACCUCUUAAGUUUGCCGCUGCCUUUGUGUGGGCAGGUGGCAGCAGGAGGGAGUAGCUCCGAGAACAGGAAGUAGGUUUCUUCAGAAAAACGAAAAGCUAAGCUAAACCUCCUCUUGACCCUGACACUCCCUGCAAGUACUGCUCUGUCUUUCAUAUCUCCUUUUUCUAUGUAUAGCCGCUCUCUCUGGCCACUUUUUAUGCUACUAUUUGGGCUCUGAGAUUUUAACUGAGGAUUGUGCCUUGAGUAUGCACAUUAUCUGUGUAUAUUACUCGCUCCUCUGAAGACGUGACUAUUGUGGAACAGAACAUUUUCCUAUUCUUCCAUGCAUUUACUGAAGCACCUGGAAUUUACUACAGUCAGCAUUAGUUUGACCUGGUAGAGAUCAUGCUCUUCUAUCUACCCUUAUGUCUUAAAUCCUAUUCUUGCUACACACCUCGCCUAUACCAGAAGCCUUCAAACAUACCUUGAGAACUCAUAUAUUCCAGAUGGCCUGUCUUUAACAGUCUUUGCCACUGAUUCUUACUACUUCUUUUUUUACAAUGCUGUAUUCUUACAAUUUUUUUAGUCUUCCAGUGUAUCUUAAAGUAUCCCAUCUCAUUGUUUCCUGCCUUGUGAGAUUUCCCCCCUGAAAGGUGGCCUAUAAGUACCGUAUUUUUCGUUCUAUAGGACGCACCGGCCCAUAGGACGCACCUCGUUUUUUUGGGGGGGGGGAAUGAAUAAAAAAAAUUAUCCCCCCGCUGCCGCCCCAAGCCUCGCGUGCUUCGGGCUGCAGGCUACCGCCCCAAGCCUCGCGCGCUCGGCGGGACCUCCCACCGGGCGCGCGAGGCUUGCAGACACUCGCCCGAAGCACGGGGAGCCCUCCGGAGGGCUCCCCGUGCUUCGGGCGACAAGCUGCUGCCCCAAGCCUCACGCGCUGGGCGGGACCUCCUGCCGGGCGCGCACGGCUUGCUGACACUCGCCCGACGCACGGGGCGCCCUCGGUUGGGCUCCCCGUGCUUCGGGCGACAGGCUGCCGCCCCAAGCCUCGCACGCUCGGUGGGACCUCCUGCCGGGCGCGCAAGGCUUGCAGACACUCGCCCGAAGCACGGGGAGCCCUCCGGAGGGCUCCCGUGCUCGGGCGACAGGCUGCCGCCCCAAGCCUCGCGCGCUCGGCGGGACCUCCUGCCGGGCGCGCAAGGCUUGCAGACACUCGCCCGAAGCACGGGAGCCCUCCGGAGGGCUCCCCGUGCUUCGGGCGCAAGCUGCAGCCCCAAGCCUCGCACGCUCGGCGGGACCUCCUGCCGGGCGCGCGAGGCUUGCAGACACUCGCCUGAAGCACGGGAGCCCUCCGGAGGGCUCCCCGUGCUUCGGGCGACAGGCUGCCGCCCCAAGCCUAGCGCGCUCGGCGGGACCUCCUGCCGGGCGCGCAAGGCUUGCGGACACUCGGCCGGGGCUGCAGGCUGCUGCCUGCAAGCCUUGUGAGCCCGCGGGAACUCCCACCGGGCUUGCAAGGCUUGCGGAUAGCUUCCUGAAGCCUGGAGAGCGAGAGGGGUCGGUGCGCACCGAUGCCUCUCGCUCUCCAGGCUUCAGCGAAAGCCUGCAUUCGCUCCAUAGGACGCACACACAUUUCCCCUUCAUUUUUGGAGGGGAAAAAGUGCGUCCUAUGGAGCGAAAAAUACGGUACUUUAAAUAAUAAAUACAUAAUAAAUAUAUUCCGGCUCCUCUCUCCUCAUCUCUUAAGUCUUCAAGGUGGCUAAAUAUGUCCAGCGUUAUGCACAAGGUCUCUAGCCCUUACACAAGCAAAACAGGUCUUCAACAUGGAACAAAAAGUGAUCUAACAACUGCCUGAUCCUGAACCAGCCUGAAAUUGUAACUGGGGAGGAGGGGUCUUCCUCAUGCCUGGUCCUUGCCUUCUAUCUAGCAGCAAUUGAGUUUUUCUACUCAACUUCUGAGGUGUAAAUCUCGGUAGCAGAACUAGCAUAGGAAAAAAAUUCUCCUGGGUUGUUUGGUAUGUUUCAGUUCUUAGGUGCAUAGCUGAUAUUUGCCUCUUAGAUAGUUAUUUUCAUUUUCUCAUGCAGGCAACAGGCAGGAAUGGUGUCCUUUUAGUUGACAAUUUUUGCAUUAUUUAACUGGGGUACACAUUUUAAACCUUCACAAAGCUCUUGCACCUUUUCUCCUACAGAUGGGCAGGAAAGCAGCUUGUGAUGGAACAGUUUUGAGCAAGGAAAUGGCUGGAAGGGAAAGAGUUUGGCAGCCCCUCUCCCUUUGCUCUCUGCAUGGUCCUUUGCUACAUCUUCUUGCAUAUAUCAUGGGAAAGUGGGUACAAAAUUAGUGAAGAUAGUAUACAAAAAAUGCAUGACAGUAGGUGAAAGUGCUUGCAAAAAUGUGUAUAUUGGUCAAAACUGCAUACAAAAAGGGGUUUAUUAGAAGAAAUUCACACUAAAAUGCUGAAUAAAUUUUGUGAGGAUUGACAAAAAAUAUUCAGAGAACUGACUUUCAGAUUGGAAAAAUGAGAAACUGAGAGAACCAAAAUUGAUAGUGUCCCAAUAUUUCCCCAACACAUCCAUCCCUAGCUCUAGGUCAUAGCUCUCUAGUCACACAGCAUAUUGCUUCUAAUAAUAUUGCUUGCUUUUAAUUAACUAGAACUAGUAGUAUUUUUCUAUCUCAUCAUGAACACCUCCCUUGUUCUCUUAAAAUAGCAAUGGCACCCACCUGAGAGUUCCGGCUGAAAAAAAGGCCCAAGACACCCAAAAGAUUGUCUCACCACAUAUAUACCUAGACAAUCACUUCAGUCUGCAGGAGCGCUCCUUCAGAUACUAUCGCAUCAGGAGAUUCAUUCCAUAUGAUGUACAAAUCAGAUUAUUAACGUGGUGGCAGCUACACUUUGGAACUCCCUCCUGAUAUAUAUCAGAAAAAACCAAUUUUUGCUGUCUCUUUGUACCUAUUGAGGGCCGUUCUGUUCCAACAAGCCCUUUGGGUGUAGAUUUUUAUCCCAGUUCUGCAGUGGAUUGUAACUUGUGAUUUUGGAUAUCAUCUUUCAGGUUCCUAAAAUGCUGUCUUCGCUUUGCCCAGAGGAACCUCUGGUUCACUGUACUGCACAAGUAAUUGACAGAGGUCUGGUGAGUAGCAACAUCUCUUUAUAUGGGGCACUGGGACAAAAAAAGGUCCUUAAUUUACAUGAUUUCCUUCCAUAUUAACUGUCCGCCUAAUACAAUGAAAGUUCUCAGAGACUGUAUUUGGACUUACUAUGCUGACAUAUGAAUGAUAAUUGUGUUCAUGCAUGCAGCCACACCCUUUUGCAGCAUGCCUGAACAUGGGCAUAGCCAGGAUUUAUUUUUGGCGGGGAGGCUUUAUGUUGGGAGGGGGGCAGAACCGAGUUAUCUGUGACACAAUUGGUCAGUUAGUUAAGUAUAUUUAUUUCUUUGCCUGAUUUAGGGGGGUAGUUGGGGGGCAGCUGCCCCCUUUGCUCCCCGUGGCUAUGCCCAGGUGCCUGAAUGCAGUAUGGAAGUCUCAAAUUAACCCUAUUUUUCCAUUUCAUCUGAACCAGGAAACUGUGGUUAUCAACUUUAGAAAAAGACAAGAUCUUAAACAAACACUCAAACGUGGUUUAAGAUGCUGGUUUGUUUUGAGGCUAGUAACCAUAGUUUCCUGGUUUGGAUGAUAUGGGAAACUAUGGUUAAUUGAAAACUACCACACUGCAUUCAGGUGCACUGAAAAGGGAAGUGCUUGCAUGCCUACAGGCAUAAGGUUCACUCAUAGCUCAGCUUAUUUAACCAAUAUAUAAUUGUACAGACUGGGUCAGAAUGCAUCCAGCUUCAAGUCAAGUCACCUCCUCUCUCAAACUGAUCCAGCAGACAGGCAUCGUUGUUAUGUGUCAAAUUUGUAGAUCUUGAUGUAAGUAUUCAGUCAGAUAGAGCUGUCUUCCCCCACCUAAUGCAACCAAUUGCCAUUUACAGCAGGAUGUAUUGGAAAGUAUUAAACUCUAAGUGAGAGCAGCAACCAACAGCAGUAUUAUGGUUUUUCCUGCUUUCUCAUAGAUUUUAGCCAAAGACUCUGACCAUUGGACACCAUUGCUCUACUAUGGUAGAUUUAUUUAUUUAUUAUUAUUAUUAUUUAUAGUGGGUUGCGCCAGCCACUCUGGGCGGCUUCCAUCAUAUAUACACAUAGUAAAACAUUAAACCUUAAAAAGCUUCCCUGUACAGGACUGCCUUCAGAUGUCUCCUAAAAGAUAUAUAAUCACUCAUCUUCUUGAUGUCUGAUGGGAGGGCAUUCCACAGGGUGGGCGGUGCCACUAGCUGUAGUGCACACAUACACAGUUCUACAUGAGCAAAGAUUGCACCACCCUCUUCAGUGCUAAGACUCAUAUCCUGGAGCCAGUUCUUUAGUUCUACAGCACUGAAAAGAAAUAAACAGACCUUGUUUAUGUGGAAAAGACUCUUGGAUCACAAACAUGCUUCUUAUGACUAGGGGAAGGCAUAGCUUUUUUCAGAGAUCAAAUAUCUGUCUGGGUUCCCAUCUCCUAGUCUGCUGUAAGGGACUGUUCUUCCCUGCUGGUUUUCAUUCAAGAGUCCUUUGUAUCUGUUCUGUGCUCAUUGGACCUAGCAGCACCCAUAAAAGGUAAAUAGGAAGUUUAACUAUGUUUUCUUUCUGCUCCUCUCAAGGUUGGAUCUGACAGCAUUGUAGGUGCAUCAACACAACUAGGAGAGAAAACGGCAAUUAAACAUUCUGUCAUUGGUACUGCAUGUGUGAUCAAAGACAAAGUUAAAAUUACUAACUGUAUCAUCAUGAACUCUGUCAGGAUUGAGGAAGGGUAGGUAGUUUUCUUAAUUUUUUUGUGGUUUGACAUAUUUAAGUUUUGGUUACUGACUCACCAGUGUCUGCUGAAGUAAGUGUAUUCCAAGCACACUUGAUCUUGGCUGAAAGCCCCAGGACAGAAGCUUUCAUCUCCCAAGACCAAAAGAAAAAUGAUGAAAGAAAAAUAAAUGUUAAGUUGCAAAGGUAAGGGGUUGCAUUCAGUGUAGCACUACGGUGAACAUUACAUUAGCACAACCAUACCUUCCCAGGUUGACGAGCCCCCUCUUCCCCUCAUUUCCAUCUACAGCACGUGCAGAAAUCAUCUUCUUGGCUAUUGGACCCAUUAUUGGUCUCGUCCAUUCAAUCCACCAUAGCCUGUCUUUGUAUGCAGGGGAAGUCCCAAACUCACUGAGGGUUUGAGACCCAUUGGUUACCCUCACCUGCUUUAGCUGGUCAGUUGAAGCCAUUUCUGGGGUGCGGCUGCUGUCACAUACUGACAGCUUCCAGCAGCCACAGGUGAGAGAUGAGUGCAGGGUGGGGACCAAAGGUGGACAAACUACCCCAAAAGGAGCAUGGUGUGUCCUCCUAACACCCCAUACACUCCACAAAUGCUAAGUGGCGGCAUUUAUUAUUUGUUUAUGUAGGACUCACAGAUUUUUCCCAAGGAUUGCAGCCUCUGUGGAUUUUCCCAGGGCUUUCCUCAGUCUUUGGUACACUGACCUUCCAGUCCUUCAGCAUAGUUUUAACCUUUGAUAAAAGCAAAUGGUUACUGUGCUUGCUCCGGCAGCACAUAUGCUAAAAUUGUAACGAUAGAGAAGAUUAGCAUGGCCCCUGUGCAAGAAUGACACGCAAAUUCAUGAAGCAUUCCAUAUUUUAAAAAACAACAACAAAUGGUUACCUAAAUGGCAGCUGCCAUGAAUGUUUUCCACCUCCCUUUACAGAGCAGCCUCCUGUGAGCACUAGUGAAUAGGAAACCCUAGGAGCUAUUGACUCCUUUUUGCUUAAGCUUGACAUUGACUCAUAGCUCUCAUGACAGUGGUGAGACCCCUGAAAAAUGUGAAGUUGGUUCUCACAGCCACAUGCUUGGGUGGAGGGGAGGAAGCAAAAGAUGUCAGAUCUCUGGAGAACACUGUACUUAAUAAAGGAAACUACAGGUAAGUGUGGUGCCCAGUUGCCAAACAUUGAGUACAUCAUAAAUCCUUUGGCUCAAAAAUAAUGGCUAGCCUUUGGUUCAUUUCUAAAUUGAUCCCAUACAGUUUUGGUGCCAUGAAUUACACUUGAUAAAUGGCACUCAUAUUCUGUUGAGAGUUUUACCUUGGAGAGAAAUAGCUUUUUGGUAAAAAUGGAAAGCUUGGGAUAUAAGGAUCUCCAGUGUAUAAACAAAUGGAAUAUUUUAAAGAUUAACUGCAGGUUUUUUAUUAUUCUAAUUUAGCACCCUGCAUUUGACAAACAAAAUGGAUCUGGGUGCUUUAAAUCCUACAUUUAGCAAUGAAUAUCAAAAGCUGAUUGUUCAUUGGGUGGGGAAAUAUUUUGAAUAUCUCAUGUGUGAAAUUAUUCUGCACCUUCUGCUGUGGCAUUACCGUAUUUUUCGCACCAUAGGACGCACCGGCCCAUAGGACGCAUCAAGUUUUUUGGGGGGGAAAUAAAGAAAAAAAAAUUUAUUUCCCCCCCCCCCGGCGCUUGUGGGGCCUGCAGCGGGGAGAAGCGCUCUUCUCCCCGCAGUCCGCCUUCAGACCAGGUCCGGGGACAGCAGGAAGACGCGCUGCGUCUCCUAGCUGUCCCCGGAGCUUGCGGGGCAGGCAGCGGGGAGAAGCGCUCUUCUCCCCGCCGCCCGCCUUCAGACCAGGUCCGGGGACAGCGGGAAGACGCGCUGCGCCUCCCAGCUGUCCCCGGAGCUUGCGGGGCAGGCAGCGGGGAGAAGCGCUCUUCUCCCCACCGCCCGCCUUCAGACCAGGUCCGGGGACAGCGGGAAGACGCGCUGCGCCUCCCAGCUGUCCCCGGAGCUUGCGGGGCAGGCAGCGGGGAGCGCUCUUCUCCCCGCCGCCCGCCUUCAGAUCAGGUCCGGGGACAGCAGGAAGACGCGCUGCGCCUCCCAGCUGUCCCCGGAGCUUGCGGGGCAGGCAGCGGGGAGAAGCGCUCUUCUCCCCGCCGCCCGCCUUCAGACCAGGUCCGGGGACAGCGGGAAGACGCGCUGCGCCUCCCAGCUGUCCCCGGAGCUUGCGGGGCAGGCAGCAGGGAGAAGCGCUCUUCUCCCCGCAGCCCGCCUUCAGACCAGGUCCGGGGACAGCGGGAAGACGCGCUGCGCCUCCCAGCUGUCCCCGGAGCUUGCGGGGCAGGCAGCAGGGAGAAGCGCUCUUCUCCCUGCCGCCCACUUGAGAUCAGGUCCGGGGACAGCGGGGAGACGCGCUGCGCCUCCCAGCUGUCCCCGGGCUUGCGGGGCAGGCAGCGGGAGAAGCGCUCUUCUCCCUGCCGCCCGCCUUGAGAUCAGGUCCGGGGACAGCGGGGUGACGCGCAGCGCCUCCCUGCUGUCCCCGGCGCGUGCGGGGCAGGCAGCGGGAGAAGCGCUCUUCUCCCUGCCGCCCGCCUUGAGAUCAGGUCCGGGGACAGCGGGAGACGCGCUGCGCCUCCCAGCUGUCCCCGGAGCUUGCGGGGCAGGCAGCGGGAGAAGCACUCUUCUCCCUGCUGCCCGCCUCAGAUCAGGUCCGGGGACAGCAGGAAGGCGCGCUGCGUCUCCCAGCUGUCCCCGGAGCUUGCGGGCCGGCGGCGGAGUCUCCCCGCCGUCAGCCUCCAAACCACUUCGGGAGACAGCGGGAUGGCGGCGUUCCGCCUCCCUGCUGUCCCCCGACCUUGUGGGGGCGAAUGCAGGCUUUCACUGAAGCCUGGAGAGCGAGAGGGGUCAGUGCGCACCGACCCCUCUCGCUCUCCAGGCUUCAGUGAAGCCUGCAUUCGCCCCAUAGGACGCACGCACAUUUCCCCUUCAUUUUUGGAGGGGAAAAAGUGCGUUCUAUAGAGCGAAAAAUACGGUAAAUAAUAUUUUCCUACACUAUUCUAAAUAUUGAAUCUUUUAAAACUCCACUAACCAUCUGCUUUGCUGUCCAUGAUUCACCCUCUGAUAGAGCUCCUCUGUGUUAGAUUGAAUAUUUCUUCUAAGGUAUUUGUGAAAUCCCAUCAACCCAAAAUAGCCCUUGUGCUGCUUGGCCUUCAGGAAAUGAAUCAGGAAUCCAGCACCAAAUAACAGAUAGUAUCUUCUCUUUAGAGUUGUGGUUUAGCUCACUUUCUCACCUGAGAGUUUUUACCUGGCUGCAUGCGUUCAACCUACAGCGCUGUUUUCAACAAUAAAGAAAUGUGGAGACAUUUGGAAUUUGCAUCAAGGCAACUCUUUAAUAAUGUUUAUCUUUUAAUUAGCAUGCAUGAGCCCAUUGAUUUGCUAUGACAGAAAGAGUUAUUUUGUAGUACUCAACAACGAUGAGCCAGUUCUCUUUUACAUCAAGUCUAGAUUCCUAGUUUGGUUAAGUAAUCCUUAGCAUUUUUUUAAAAAAGAAUCCAAUAUAGCUAAGUGAGAUUAUCAGUUCUCUCCUUAAUGCUUUCCUCACUACACCGCUUGCUCUUCCAUUUCAGGAGGCAGUAAACUAACGCAAGUUCCAUAUGUGCUGAAUGACAGGCAUGCUUGACCAGGUUUGGCAAGCAGGCGGGGUGAACUGGUAAAAGCUGUUAAAGGAAGUAAUUUAUAGAAGAGUAUAAGUGCUGAGAGAUGCUGGCAAAUCAGGUGACAGGCAGGAGUGUAGAAAAUGCCCAUGUUUCCUUGUGGACAUUCCCGAGGGCUCAGUGACAAAUGACUGCACUGAGCUGUGCAGCCAGGAAGAAACUGCUACCCACACUACAGAGACUAUUCAGUUGCCAGCCAGGUGUAUCCAUGCACAGUGCACAGUAGCCACAUGCUCUCCUUCAAUCAUUACAGCAGCUGGGAAAUGGGUGUUGGCUUUUUUACUUUGGCUAAAGUGUGGCAAGGUAGGAGUCAUGAUUUAUGCCUCUGAGUGUUGGACACGUAAGUCUUUUGUUUUUAGGCUGCUUACCAUGCAAACAGCUACGGCCCCUGGCAAUAACUGAAAGGUGACCCUUGGCUCCAAGCUCUCUCAUUGGUUCUGUUCUGCUCCUUCUGCCACAUAUGUGACCAAUGGAAGAGUAUGGCUUGCAAUGAGAAGUAAGCACAGAGAUUGACUGGUGAGUUAAUAGCCAAUCUCUGCAUCAAAGCCAGUUCAGCUAAGUAGAAGCAACUCUCCCACAGCCCACCCCAACCAUCCCUAACAGUAGGUAAUCUGCCUGAGUUUCUACAGCCUGAAAUCCAGUUGUUGUGACCAGUCAAGGAUUGUUGCAUAGUAUCAGAAGGUGCUGGGGAGAGAAAAUCUUAAUAGAAGCAUAGCUUCAAGAUGCCGUUCAUAUUAUUCCAUUUACUGCUUCUUUCACCAGAGCAAGUGAGCCUCUGUUUUUGUAGCAUUAAAGUUGAUUCUAGAACCCCAGAAUCAACUAGUUGCACUCAGAGCCAAACUGGGUGUCAGGAUCACAAAUCCAUGAGUUUAAACCUAGAUAUUCCACAGCCAUGUAGAAAGUGGGGAAUGGAAUGGUGGUCACUGUAGUGGCUCUUAGUUAUGUUGCAGAUUCUAAUAGAUGUUAUGGUUAGAGGUGGGAGAUUCACAAGAAGUAUGCUGAUUCCCAAGGGAAAUGGAACAUCAGACAGCGGAUGGGGAAGGAACAAUCUUGGAAGCAAAGUUGACAAAGGACAAACUUGCAUAUUUCCAAGCUUAAGUUUAGUCAAUAGUACUAGAGAGAUCCACAUUUGGAGUUGCUAAUUUUGAAUUUCAUUAAGUUGGAAAAAACAGUGAAGCAGAAACAUCAAGGUCUUACCCAGAUUUCAGUUUUUGACAUGUAAAUGGAAUGUAGAGGAAACACCUCAGGGAUACUCAAUUGACAAAUUAUCUGUGCAUUGUUUAAUAGGAAUGUCUAGGUGUCUAGUCUCAUGCUCAACCAACUCCUUGAAAAGGGAUUCUGUUGCUACUUGUCACAGAGCCCUACAAUUUAUAAUUAUUCUCCAUGUUAAAAAUACUCAGUUUGCUACUAUAACAUGGGCAGGAGACUGUAGCCAUUCCAUUGGGAACUUCCAGCCAAGUUCUCACAGCACUGAGCUGGCUUUGCCUAUCAUGUGGCAUGCACAGCACAUCUGGGAAGAUUUCUUGCCAAAUGACAAGUGGUAGUGAAUGUCAUCAGAGUAAAACUGAUGUCAUUGGUAACAGUAACAUGUUUGGCAGGCUCUUUGCUCUUAUUGUAUAAUUCAGUCAGUUUUAUUUUCAGCAUAUUACUUAAAACACUGGAUGUGCUCGGCUGCAUUCCAAGAUGCCAUGGGCUUAAGCUGGCUAUGUUUGUAUAUAAAAUGUUUGCCUCUGGGUCUGCAUGGUUAAUCCAUUGGGAUAGAAGUGUUAAAAGACAAGAUAAAAUCAACAAAGUACUUUCUGGCCCACUUUUUUUUCUCCCCCAAAUGAAGGCAUGGAGUUUUUGCCUAUAAGCAUGGUAAUAGAACACUCAAUCUAGGAAGGAUAGAUGACUUCUAAUCCUGCAGUUUUCUUGCCUUUUUAGAACUAGUCUAGAUAAUCCAUAUUGGCCUCCAUUUGUGCGGUGUGUAAAAAUGCAUUUGAUGCUUGAAGCUAAUAAAUCUUUAGCAGCCACUUAAACACGUCCCCUCCCAGUUAAGGGACCAGAGAGAAUCGCUGCCCUGAUUUGCACUUUGAUGGCAGUGGAAGCCCCUCCCCCUCACAGACACCUCACAGAAUGUGUGAGCCAGACACACUAAUGGACCAUGACGCCUGCUGUCCUCACCAACCAGGCAGAUAUGCUGCACGACUAGGGUCUCCAUCUGAAAAGAUGUCAUUGUGGAGGAUCACUUGACUUGCAUAUUUGACAAGGGGAAUGCAAGUGGGUGAGCUUCACAAGCACAAUACAAUAUGAAGUUUGCUUGAGGUAUUGUUCAGUAAUAGCACUAUGCCUCUUUGUAUACUUUAGACACUGGUUAAAUGAGGUAAGUUGCCUAAUUAGGUAAUUUACAGGUCAAUUCAAGGAACAGGUGAGGAUAAAAUCUUGGACAAGGGUUGGGACAAGGGCCUGGUGACCUGAAAGCUACCAAUAUCAUGUGAUAAAACAGACAAGUGAGGUCACUUGUGGGGAUGAUGACUUGAGGGAAGUGUGAGGAAGUGAGCAGGCACUUUGGAGUCUGAGGCACAAAAUCCAAAUAGCACCCUUGCCACAGGGCACAGUCUAUGGGGAAAUUCUGCUCAUGCUGCUUGAAGAUGAAUGGGCAUUGCGAAAGCAAGCGCUGUCCUUUUGUAUAGCUCCUGUUCAUUCAGUGGAGUGCACCAAGAGAAUUGCUCAGUUUAAAUGCUAAGGAUCAUUGUGAUGGGAAUCAGUGUGGUCAGACAAGGAUGUUGAGGUGAAAGAGCCUGGAUAAGAUGUUGGGAGUUUUGAAAGUGUUGGGGAGGAAUAAACAACAAUAUUUGAACACAGCCUAGAUGAUAUAUUUGGCAUCCAGAAUCUGGAACAUUCUACAAAGGCCAGUACACCUGGUCCCAUCACUGUUCACUUUCAGAUGAGCAGUGGCUUUAUUUCAAUGAAACGUUUUGGAAGAUAAAGAUUUUACUCCUACUGAAGCUGCUGCUGUGAGCUGGCUUACAUUAUUUUAUUGUUCUUGAUUGUUUGUAAGCUGUCUCAAUUAUAGUUUAUAUGGAAAAAUGGGAAUGAAAUAACUGGGACCUUCUACAGUCAGUCAUAGUUAGGAAAUGAGCUGCUGCUUGGUGGUGAUUGUGUUUUUCUAAAGCACCUUUUCAGUUACCUGCCUGAGUGAAUGAUAUAGAUGCAUUCACUGUUCUUCAGGCAGUAGGCUGAUGGGAGAAAGAGCACAUGUGUCUAGUUAAGCUCCGCUGCCGCCUACCACAUGUCUCCAAUUUAAUGCUACUUUCUAUGAGAAUGUGUACAAGGGCGGGGGAGGGGAGAGGAAAAACCCAACCAGCAAGGCAAGAGGAGUUGGCUGCUAACUGCAGAUUGAUUGUGAAGUUUAUGAGUUGUUUCCUCGAUGGUGCCAAAUCAGCACCUGAUGUACAAAGUUGCGAGCGAUCUGAAGAAAGUUCUAAUUAAGCCCAGGGUGGUAUUGGGGAUUUAUAGGGGUACAAGCACAGAAGCUUUCUCCCACCCCCACCUUGUAUAACAUGUACAAGGGAACAAGCCUGCUGCCAAGGCAAUAUUUGUGUGGCAUCAUAAAAUAUAUUUUACAACAUAAUCCCUCUUGAGUAGGAAUGAGAAAAUGAAGUUGUUUCCAAUCUCAUAGUUGCGAAGCUGCAAAUAAUGUGGAACUCAUGUGGAGAUGAUCAAAACAUUUUAUAUUGUGGUGGUCUGCAUCCUAGGAUGGUAACUGUCACAGGAAUGCCUCCUCUUCAGUUGCCAGUUUGGCAUGCUCCUUGUGGGGCUAGACUAAGGGUGAUCAUAUGGGACACACUGAUGCAGGCUACUUAUGUCCAGUGAUAAAUGGUGGAUUCUUUCUGGAGGACAUUUUGCCAUCAGUCAGGCAGUAUGGGCUGAACAAAGUGCUCUGGCAUUAAUGUGAACCAGAAUUUGUUUCUGUUCUGGAGAAAGCAUUUGCCCCACAAAACUGAAGCAGCACGAAUUUGGAACUCCCUGUUUAUACUGAGUGGGCUUUGUGGAAGAUGUCCACCACUUAAAAAGGACAAAAAUAUUCUACAUAUAAGAUUUAUAUUUAACGCCAAAGCAGCUCUUGCCAAAGACAGACAAGAAACAGCCAGCAAGAUGCUUGCUUUGGCGUUGGGCCUGGCCAACUAUGCCUCUGGAGCUCCAGGAUGAGCUCUGCACUGCAUUAUACUAAUAGGGAAUGUUGCUUCUUGACACCUUACAUGUCCUUCACCAUUAUGAAGGACUCUAGUUAGCAGACCACCCAGAACCAUUGCAUAAUAGCCCAUAAGCUUGUAGGAAUGCCCACUGGAUUUAAUGGGAGAGGGGGUGGUGCUGUUGCCCUGCCCAAAGACCAAGCCCCGCUUGAAGAAUUGAGACAUUUGUACCAUUUGCCCCCAUCCUUCCUUAUUUUACAUGAUGCUUUUUACAGUGAAGAGUUCUACAAAACUGUUCAUUGCACUUUGCUGGAAGCAACGAUGAAGGUACAUAACUGAAAAUAUUGCAAGAAAUAAUGAAAAUAUAAUAGCACUUACGUGACUUCUCUCUCUCUUCCCCUCCUCCAAGUCAUAAGGCUGUUGCACUCUGUUUUAAAGUUUGAGAAUGGUACCUAAAUCUGAAGAGAACUUAUCUGAAUGGAUAAUUCCCCAAAUCAAACAUAUGAAAUAUGGAGGUACUUUAUAUGAGAAUAGAAGGUGAUGGGGUCUGCUGUUACUGCAAACAUUAAGCUAUUUUCCAAAACAGUGCCAUAGCCUUUAUUGCCUUAUUGAAUUCAGCAAGUGGCCACAGUAAGAAAUUCUCAUGCUGUUUUUAGAACAGGUGUUUUUUUAAAAAAGAAAUCUGUUCUGCUCUUGGGCAGAAAAGUGAAAGGAUGGAGAGUGCAGGUGCAUACAUGUGCAUUGCAAUGAGUGUUUGGGCCUAAAUUCAAUCCAGAGGUCUGUGGGACAUAAUCUCAAAAGUAAUGAUCUGACCACAUGAGGAAGAAUAAAAUGCCUUUCCAUCAUGAUCCAAUGAUCAAAGAUAAGAUGUCCCAGUAACACAAGCAUUGUAACAAAUACAUGGCUGGAAUAAAUAUUAUUGUGUUAAGCAGUUGUGAAAUAACCUAGGGACAGGGUUUUGACAACUGCACUAAUAAUUCCUGAAUAUAAACAUAUUUCGGCAACAACUGAAAUGUAUCUAAGCAGUUCUGACAAGCAGGUACUGUGACAUCUCUGUUUUGGAUUCUGCUUCAACAAUCAAAGUAAGCUUGUAUUAUUUUAUCUGCAAAUUGCUUUGCAAAAAAACCAAAACAGUCCACAUUAGCUUUAAAUGCCAUAAUAUUCAAACAUGGGAAACAUAGUCUCUGUACUAGCUGGAACAGCUCUUCUGGGCAUAACUGUGUUGGUGAUUUUUAUGCCACAUUAUAGCCCUACUGAUUGGCCCUGUGGCAUAUUUGGUCAGAUUCAAACUUGCAUUGUCACUCCUCCUGCUGCUUUGCUUCUCUGUAAGCAAUGUAACUGACUGAAUCUACAAUUAUGGGUGGCUUCAGAGUGGGGUUAGAGAAGCACUUAGGAGCAAUUGUACCAGCAACCUCUGUGUUAUAUUAGACCUUUUUCCAGAAACUGACUACAUCAUUACCUUGAAAACUUGUGAAUUAAGUGAGCAAUUCUGAGUUCCGGAAACGAGUCAAAUCCAUAGAUCAAUAGUCCCUAAGAGUCAUGCCCUGACAAAGCAGUCAAAGGUAACAUUCUAGUCCCAUCACAAUACAGGUUAGCAGAUUCCAGGCUUGUGUGGAAUUUAAAAAUCCACUGUAUAUACUGCCACAUCUGUGGGGCUGCCAAUACGAUACAUGGUGAGAUCUGUGGUUCCCUCAGGAGCCUUGAAAUGUUGAGCCAGUCUUGACACCCUUGAUAUAGAUGUCGGCAUUUUCUAGGACACCAGGUCCUGGAGACACAGACACCAGCUCUGAGACAGGUUGAUCCAGAUUGUUUUAAGAAGCUGAAUGUUCAAUACAGCUGCAAGAUUUCUAGACUAUCCCAGGUUCCGACAUGAAAUAUGCAUAUUCCAAACUUGCAAUAAUUUUGACCAGAAGGAUGAAAACUUUACAAGUUAUGGCUAAUUACACUUUCCUGUCCCCUUACUGGGCUGAAUGAUUCACCACAUAUUCCUUCACAACUCUUCAGAGCAGCAUAAGCCCUCGUGCAAAAUCCAGCCAGGGCUUGUUGAAGUGUGCCACAUUGCCAGCCUUGCCCUGUGUCAAAUAAUACAUGGCUGCUGCUCCAUUAGCCACUACCCUGGCAUUUAAAAGCACCACAUAAAAGAAUAGAUGUGUUGUACUUCUCCAUGUCUGUAGACUGGCUGCAAGGCAAGGGUUUGUCAUCCAUACCUUUUUGGGUAGCUGAGUCUAGGGCUGGGGCUCUGCUUGAGGUCUUGACCUCAGUCAUCUAAGCUCCUUUUCCUCCAUGGCUGUUCAUUACUUUAAUCACUGAGUCCUAAAUAAUUGGCGGGUAGCCUGUAAUUAUGGGCUGUGUUUUGGAUUUCUGCAGCCUGUUCCUUGUGUGCUGAACGCUGCAGAUUUUAGUCUCCCACCCUUCCCACUCCCCCACUCCUCCACACUAUGUUUGAUUUCACUCAGAUGCAUUUUUCUGGGGCUAAAGAGAAUAGAAGACCACAAUUCCUUGGCUCUCUCGCUACCUUUAGGUGGUGGAGGCUUUGCUUUUCUCUCUCUCUUUAAGUAUAGAGUUAACUUCCCUCAACGCACUUGAUUUAUAGACAGAUAGCAAGCUUUGAAAGUCAGCAGUCCUGGCACUGUGUAAAUCAGCCUUCCUUAUUUAUAGUUUCAACAGGAAAAGGAAUUAUUUCCCAAUUCUUUACAUUUCUUUCCGAAGUAAUCGACCACCCUGUCCUUUGGUUUAAAGCUGUGUAGCUUUACCACAAAAUGGGGGGGGGGGGGAGAGAGAGAGAAUGAGGCCUGGGAUUGCUCUGCUAUAAAAACUCCAGAUUGUAUGUUCUUGGACAUUGCCUUUAAAACAGCUUCCUUCAAGCCCACACAAGAGAUGGCCUGUGUCUUUGCCUCCCUCCCUCCUCCUUCUUUCAAACAAUCUCUGACCUCUUAGAAAAAUAAAUAAAAGAUAAAGCAAGGCCUGGAAUGCUGCAGAAUGAGUAUACAUUUUACUCUCUGUUGUUUUCUGCUGGGAUUAGUUGUUUACAAUGGAGGCAUGGGGGAGGGGAGGGGGUGGGUUGCAGCUUUACUGAAAUUAGAAGCAUUUCAGAGUCAUCUUGUUAGGUGGUCUCUGCUUUAAAGACUUAAAUCCUUGUAAUCUACCCCCCCCCAACUUCUUGGUCAUCACUCCUCUUCUCCAUGCCACCCCCCCCCCAUUUCUCUCAAAAGUCAGACUCCCAACCCCUUUUUCUCUCUAUCACACCUGGUCAACACAUUAACAUAUUUUAGCAUCAGAUGGCUGUGUCUGCAUUAGUAUCACAAAAUUGGGCUAAAUCCCUUCCUCUCCAGAGAAGACCAGUUCAGCUACUUGGAUUUGCUUGAAGCCGAUCAAAACUCCUAGUUGUAAUUUCAGUUCUAAAUCAAACGGUUUGUGAUGCCUCACAGUUUUGUUGUGGUUGUUAGCUUUUUCAUUAUUUUUUUUUUUUAAAAACUCUUUUAAAAGCCUUUCAAACAAAACAAAAAAAGAACACAAAUUAUGCUACUGAACUUAAAAACCUGUAUAAACAUUCAUAUUGAUAUGUAUACAUAGCCUUCCAAAUUUAAUGAAUAGAUGCCAUGUUUUCACAGAAGUUUCCUUUUGUUGGCUUCCUUAUCCCAAGUUUCACAAUCUCAGUAAGUUUAGACAUUUGUACAAUGUGCCAUUCUUUGGAGAACCAUUUUUAAAUUGUAGGUUUUUUUGUCUGUGCCCCUUUUUAGCAACUAAUCAAUUGGCCAUCUCCAAUUGUGAUGCCCUUUUGCUCAUGAAAGGGCUUUUGAUCUCAUGUAGAAUCCUAGAAUUGUAGAGUUGGGAGAGACCACAAGGGUCAUCUAGCCCAGUCCCCUGCAAUACAUGAAUCUUUUGCCAACGUGGGGCAUGAACCCACCACCGAGACCCUGAGAUUAAGAGUCUCAUGCUGUGUCAUAGGAGCGAUCAAGUGGUGUCCGCUAACAGCACAGAGAGGUGGUUUUUGCCAGUUCCCCCUCUCUCCCUAUAGCCCCUUGUGCCACUCUUCACCCUGUCCUGGAGGGUCCCCCAACUCCUCGGAGCUAGUUCUCAGUGGGAGCUGCAGAGUGCUUGUGAGAGGCAAAAAUGCCUCCUCUCCUCUUCCACUAGCAUGAGCACAAGAGCACCAGUUGAAUUCCACCCACCAUUAACAAAGGAGAGGUGAGCAUGUCACAUCUAUCUCUCACCAGUCCAUCCGAUAAAGCAAGUACGUUGUAAUGUCGGAAAACAUUUCCAUGACACAUUAUCACAAUAGAUCACAUCUCCAGCAUUUAUGAAUGACAUAAUCAUAGUUUUCAGUUUGUUGGGGCUCAAAUACUAUUAUUAUUUUAUAAUGUUUCCCUCAUAUUAAUAUUAACUGGCAUAUCAAAAUAUUUAGUACAGAUUUUAUCCCAGUCAUGCACUGCAACAAUUUUGUUCAAGCAUAUUUUCUCCACUUAAAGAUUUGUUUCAUACUAGUAAUUAACAGAUAGCAAAUUGACAGUGAAUUCUAAAUAACAUUUUUGGAAUCGUUCCAAUUAACAACUAGUAUUUCAAAAACAGUGAAUGCUGUUUUCAUAUUUUUCCCGUUUCUCCAUUCUGUAUUUCAAUGAUGAGAGCUUGUUACUGUCUGGUUUUCUGUAUACUCAGAAACACACAAUUUCAUAAAAUAUACCACAGGUUCCCAAAGUGGUCUGCGGACAAGCUUCCUUCAGGUGGUCUGCACUGUGUCUGUGAAGAACUCACUUGCCUUUUGAAUUCCAUAGAAUUCUGUGGAAUUCAAAUUGUAAUAGGAGACAAUACAAUAUAAGAAAUAAAAAAGCAAUAAAGAUACAAAUAAAACCCAUACAGCACCUAUCACGGCAUAUUGUGAUUGCUACAAGAGGCAGAAAAAUAAUGAAUUGGUCCACUAAGAUCCUCAGCAAUUUUUAAGUGGUCCAUGGGGAAAACCACUUGGGAGCCACUGAAUAUACCAUUAUAAAAACAAAACCACUACAAUUGCAAAACACGUAAAACAGUUCCAAAUGGAACAGAAUGGAGUAUCUUCCAAUGGGCUUGUGCCAUGUAUUUAAUGUGUCAUUUUCAGUGCCAUGACAAAAUAGUAAGAGUUUGGGCAGGCUGUUCUCUUUCUCUUUUGAAUUCUGCAAAGAAACUCAUUAUCAUUUACCCUCCCAACUAAAAUUAGAUAACAUUUUCCUGCCAAGUUGUCAGUAUUUGUGCAUGUAUACUAAUUGGCACAUGUUCAAAGACAAAAAGAAACCUCAGGAGUGUAUUAAUUCUAAUAGCAGCAACUCUGCCCAUGCAUGACAAUUUUAAUUUCAUCAUUUUCCUUAGACUUAUUAAGCAAAGAGACCACCCUCGUUACUUAUUAAAAUAAUAAUUACAAGAUAUCUUACAGGUUUUUCAGCGCAAUAAAUACAGUGGUACCUCGGGUUAAGUACUUAAUUCGUUCCGGAGGUUCGUUCUUAACGUGAAACUGUUCUUAACCUGAAGCACCACUUUAGCUAAUGGGGCCUCCUGCUGCCGCUGCACCGCUGGAGCACUAUUUCUGUUCUCAUCCUGAAGCAAAGUUCUUAACCCAAGGUACUAUUUCUGGGUUAGCAGAGUCUGUAACCUGAAGCGUAUGUAACGUGAAGUGUAUGUAACCCGAGGUACCACUGUACUAUUCUGUCUCGUAAUGUCUUUGUUGAUAUCUGUGUUUUAUUUUGUCUUUAUUUUACAGCCUGAAAUUUGACUUUGGCUCUUAAACAAAGCUUGAGUUGCGGAAUUUAAUGGACAUUAAAUAUAUUAUGAUUAGCAUAGAGGCUGAUUUUGUGUUCACAUUGGCCAAUUUGUAUACCUUUAAAUCAUUUGUGACUUGUUAAUAAGGUGAGCGCUGCAGAUUUUAGGAUCAGAAGAUAUCUACUUUCACAGUGCUGAAAAUGUAGAUUGUCCUUUUCGCAACAAUAAAUGUGUUUCCCAUUAGAAACCACUCUAUCCGAUACAUUCUUACAUAGGUGCCUGCUAGCAUCAAAGCUGUUAUACAGGCUAAUGUUAUAUGUGUAGUUUUAUAAGGAUACAGUACUCAAAACUGGAAAUCAAAUUGCCAGGAAAUCAGAUGCUUGCCACAUAAGAAAAUAAGCUUAUUUCUUGACAGGGGUGGGGGGACAGAAAGGAGUUUGAAAUAAAAUAAACACAAAAUUCUUCUGUUGGCAGUCUUUAUAGUUUGAUUUUUAAAAUGUGCACAAAAAAGCAUUUGCAAGUAAUUUCCAAAUGGCUGUAUUACAUCUGUCAGUGAGUGGAAGGAACACCCACAAAAUGUGUUUUACGUCUUCAAUUUGUUUUCCACUCCUGUGGUAAAAUCUGGCCAAACUGCUCUAUUGUGGGGCAGGGCCCUAGUGGGAGCUUAGAAUUAUCAGUGUGUGUUUGAAAUCCUGCAUUAUAGAUACUGAAUUUAAAAUGUUUCCAGCCCUGGUAAGCUUUUGUCAUCCUGGAGCUGGAAAAUACGUUUCCCUUGUUUUGCUGGAAUCUGACAUCCAGAAUGAGAUUUCUGCUCUUUCAUGGAUUCUUUCAGCCCAACAGAUGUUGAAAGCAGCCAAAUUUUGUUUCUUAAUAAGCCCAAACAAGAGCAGUAUUAGAAUGCCUUUAUUAGGCCAAAUAAAAGCCACAAAACAUUAAGCGAGCUUUUGAGUAACACAGAACUCUUCCUCAAGCUCCCUGUUAAAAAAGGUGAUGGAGGAGAGGGUGAGGGUAUUUGCCUGUUUGCCAUAUGUCUUAAGAGGAUGCUUCUGGAAGUUCUUUGCAGACUAAUUGAUUUCAGUUUUUCCUAGUGUAAAAGAUUUUGUAACACCAAAGUAUACUGGUAUAAAGAUCUUGCCCUUUGAAAAUAUAGAGGUGAGCAGUUUACUUUAUGUAUCUCCUGAAAUCACAGCCUAGCAUCACAAAUGAAGCCAGCUUAGAAGCUUGGGUAAGUUCAACAGUAUGCGAGAGAGUGUGCUCUUGAUUUGUUUUCCAUGGCAUUUGUUUUAAAGUCACUUGGAAUCAAGACACUGAGAAACUUUCAGCUUGGAAAGUUAUAGUUUGCAAUUCUCUGCGAUGGCAAACCACGGGGAUCUUGCAAGUGCUGCACCUGAACUUGGGGUGCAUUUUUAAAAAUCCCAACAGCACUCUGGGUUUCUAGUGUGUAAACCAGUGAAUCCUAGAUACUCUUCAUGCUAGCACUGCUGUGCAGUAAAUGGAGCUGUUGGAAAGGAAGCAGCUGUGUCAGUGUAGCAGGGAUAGGGAGCAAAUGGAGAGAGAGCUGUCUACACAGCCUUUCCCCUCUAUUAACAUCUCAAUAAGAGGCCUUGCCAAGGCAACCUGAGCUAGAUGACUCCAUCAUGCAUAACUGUGCAGCCUUGCUGUGUGAGAGGGGAGGCAGUUGGGCUUACAGCAAGGAGAGUCUUGCCUGUUCAAAAUGUCUCCCUUUUCAUACCAUAGGCCUGCUCCUCUCUGAGCCCUAUGAUGUCUUAGAGAGGGAGUUAAAUUCUUUUCAACAAGAGGAUUGUCAACUCAGCUUUGACUGGAGAAGCUCAGUUCCCAAUUGUCUGAGAUGGGAGUCGGUCUCCUUAGCAACCCGGGGCAUUAUGAUCGUAUCCUUGCGAAUUUUCAUUAAGUCCAGUCAAGGUCUCUGUCUUGAUAUUUGAAGCCCUGUAUAUGCUGCUUGUGCUCACAGGAUAGUCUGCCUGCUUUGACAGCCGUGUUCCACUGGAACAGUGACGGGCAACCAAUAGGGGGAGCAAUUUCUCAGGGUCUAAAUCUAUCCUGUGCCAGGGGACCUGAGUGCAGCAUUCUUUAGUUGCAAGUGGGCAACUUGGGAAUGAAACAUGAAAAGCUUGAAUUUUACAUUUCAAGUGAGAUUGUCACUUUCUUCAACCAGAAAUGAGAAAAUGUUGGAAAAUGUGAAAAUUAUUAAAACUUUUCCCCAAUUCAUCCAGGUUUUAAUAGAGCUUUGGAAUUUGAUACCAAACACUAGGUGAUGAAAAGAAAUAUAGAUUUGUGUCUCAUUGUGAAAGGGCUUAGGGAAAGCACAUAGAAUUCCAGCCUUUUGGAAGUAUCCAAAAAGCAUUAUGAUUUCUGCAUUUCUGUGUGCUAUUAUUUUCUGUUUCCACACGGAAUAGAAACUUCUGGAUUUGCAUUGAGAUUCCUGCAUUGCAGGGGGUUGGACUAGAUGACCCUCAUGGUCUCUUCCAAAUCUACAGUUCUAUGAUUCUGUUACAUAAUGAAAUCACAUCUGUUCAAGUAGCUGGAUGCCUAUGUAGCUUUUCUGUUUUUGUACUUGCUUGGGCACAGACAAGAAGCCUACGAUCUGACAAUGCUUUGGUAUGUGUUUGAGAAGGAAAUUGUGUGUAAUGUCAGUGAAUAUUUCUAACACUGAUUUUCACACUCCCUAUUUUGUCUGAUGAUGGAUUCUCAUGAGACAGAGAUGCAAAGGAAUAGUACCACUUACAUGUAGGAUUUUGAGAGAGCUGAAAUUAGGAAUCUGGCGCUUGCUUGCUUGCUUGCUUGCUUGCUUGCUUGUUUCUCCUCUGACUCUUUAACUGUGACUUAAAACCAUCCUUUUGCAAAGACUGUUGGCAGGGUAGUAUACCUUUCACUAUUUUGGCUGUGUCCUUGUUAUUCUAGCAAACAGUGUGCAAGGUUGCACCAAUUGGGAAUCCCUGAACCAGAGAGCAUUCCAGGCUUUAUUUCCUUGGCUUUUGUUGGUUUAACAUAGCAGGGUAUUUGUGUGUGCAUGAAUACAAAGUCAGUGGCAAUAUUUACCCUAAUACAAAAGGGUGGGGGGAGCUCUGCAAGGCAGUAGAAGCUGCAAAUAGAAAAGCAUCCUGAAUGUGAAAGGUGGCAACUGUCUUGUCUUUGUCCUUUUGUAUGCUUCCUUUGUGACAUCUGGCAGCAGAGCUCUGUCAUAGCAACUAAGCACCCAGGCUGGGAAAGAAGAAGACUGGAAUUGGAAGAAAGGCAGGUUUUAUAUCCCAGGUCUGCUCAUAGGAAGCUGCCUUACACAAGGAUAGGCUAUUUGUUAAUCUAGACCAGUAUUGUCUGCUCUGCUAUGACUGGCAGUCAUUUUCCAGGGUCUCAGGCAGGGAAUUUUUUACUCACCUACUACCUGAUCCUUUUUUACAACAGAGAUGGAAUCUGAGACCAUAUAUUUAUGGUUCCUGUCCCCUGGUGGCAGUAGCAGUGCUAUUGUUGGUCAAGGAGUCACUACUGUUCUUGGUCUAACUUUUUGCUGCAUUUCAGAGCCAGCAUGGUGUGGUGGUUAAGAGUCCUGGACUAGGACCUGGGAGACCAGGGUUCAAAUCUCCACUUAGCCAUGAAGCCCUCCACUGCAUGACCUUGGGGUAGUCACUAGCUCUCAGCUGAGCCAACCUCCCUAGGUUGCUGUGAGGAUCAAAUGGAGAGGGGGACAAAUAUGUAUGCUACCAUGAGCUCCUUGGAGGUGGGAUAUGAAGGUAAUAAUAAAACAAUAUCAUCAUAAUAAUGCCCCAUUUAUAAUUGCAUUACAGGUGCAGCUUACAGAACUGUGUUGUGUGCCAUAAUGCAGUGAUAGAGAGCGGAGCCGAUAUCAAGGACUGCUUGAUCGGAAACAGCCAGCAUCUGGAACCCAAAUGUAAGCAGAUGAAUGAUCUUUUAACUUUACCACUGUUUUCUAGAAGGGCUACUAUUCCUCAUCCAUCACCACUUCCAGGAUUUAUCCUUUCUCAGCUAGAGCAAUAUGCAAGUGCAUAUGAUUAGUGAAUCAGUGGACUCAAGAGAGUACAUUGGUGGUAAAAGCAAUAUCAUGAAAUGGAGAUUAUUUCGAAUCCUGCCCCAAAUGUAGAAAGUAGCGUACUAAAAAUAGCUCUGUAGUGAAUAAAAGUUAUCCUUAAAAUGAUGGUGGCCCUUAGAUCACACACAAGUGUCAGGCAACACAAGGAGUUAUUAACUAACUAGCUAUUGUCACAUGCCCCAGAUCAGGUAUGCUUGGUGGCAUGAAUACAAGUGGGAAAUUAGGUUGUGGCCAUUUUGAGGAGAGGGGUUGUCAGUAUAUCCAUGAUCUGAUCCAUUGUCUAUAGUUUGGUUCCUGGAUUCUCAUGGCACCAAUUUCAACAACUAAUUUAAAUUAUUUGAAAGUACCUCCUAAAACGUAUGUGCCUGUAAAAUGAGUUUGUGCUCAGAGGAUACGCAGCCUGCCAAGUCGGACCAUGCUGCCUCUAACCUUUGAAAGUGCUGGCAAUAGAAGUUGCAGGCACCAACAUGCUGUCUUGUGCCUGGAGCCAUGAAACACACACUCGAAUCAAGGUGGAACAUACACACGUGAAAUAAAAAGUAGCAUAAAACAGUUUUGCUAUAAUCAUGAGGUGCAUCAAAAACUGGUCCCUACAGUACAAGGAGCUGGUAUUGAAGUCUUAGCAACUCCGAUCUGAGCUGGAGAGCCCAUGGUUGAUCAAGGACUAGCUGUUUAAACUAUCUUCUCUAUAACCAAGGUUUUAAAAUGAGUGGAGGAGGGAGGGUUGGUACCUCCUUUGCUUGGGAUGUGGAACUGUGACAAAAGCAUUGCACCCAAGCGGUUAAUUUGUGGUAGAAAUGGUUGGCUUGCCUUCUCUCUCAAGCUGAUUUUUAGGCUUUAACUGUCUGUAAUGGAAAGACUGGCUGGAUUUGUAUACACUGUGUAUGACCCAAGUUGCAGAAGUGUUUACACUGUGUUUUGUCAUUUAAUUUGGACACUAAUGCAUUUGGUUCUCAUGGGCAUGAACAGACACCACGAAGGCUUUCUGAUCAUAACGAUUUCGUCAUUAUUUCUUUUACUUGUUUAAACCACCCUAUCCCCCACAGUAUAAGCUGGACAAUACUUCAAAGUAAUAAGUAAUGAAUCUUCUAAAUUCUGCCUUUUAAAAAACCCUUAUGCUCAUCCUGGCCAUGGAUAAUUUGCUCAGGCUUGGACUUUGUUGGGUUGCUAGAACUUCCAAAGUGAGGAGCAGCCCCAGGAAUACCUAUUUAUAUUCCUUGACUGUUUGCUGUACUUACCCCAGUCAGAAGCGGUAUUUCCUGUUGCUAUCAAUUGGAGCUAUUGCCACAUUCCAUCAAGAGUGCACUUUGCUUCCAGUAUUCCAUUUUUCAUGUUCAAUAUUGAAGGGAGCGCAAGAGUAAUCUAAUCUUGCCUUUCCCACUCACAUAGGCCAAAUCUUCGAGAUUUAUCAUAUCCCUGGGGACAUGAAUGGAGUGAUCCUAACCCCCAACCCAUGCUGCUAGGUGUUUGGAUUAAGCAGAGAUAUCUCUGUAAGGGGCAGGGAGGCUCUGACACAGACUAUUUUACAGCUACCACAGGCAAUGUUCCCACUGGUGAGAGGCCCCAAAAUGGGUGUGUUGAGGGUGGGGUGCAGAGGAACAUUGAUUGAUUUGAUUUAUUAUAUUUUUAUGCCGCUUUUCAUUCAAAUGAAUCCCAAAGCGGCUUACAAACAGUAAAUAACAAUAACAUGAUAGAACAUAAUAGAAAGUCACAAAUACAGCAUAAAGCAUAUAGAAUAAUUAACAGACCCCCAGUAAAACAAUUACAGUGGUACCUUGGUUCUCAAACUCAAUUUGUUCUGGAAGUCCGUUUGCCUUCCAAGACAUUCAAAAACCAAGGCACGGCUUCUGAUUGGCUGAUUAGCCCCGGAAACAAUGCCAGCAGCCGAAACGGAUGUUCAGGUUCCAAAAAACGUUCACAAACCAGAACACUUACUUCCGGGUUUGUGGUGUUCAGGAGCCGAUUUGUUCGUCAACUAAGCCGUUCGGGAACCAAGGUACCACUGUACAGAGAACUGGGCUGGCAAAGGAUCAGCUGGCUAUUAAGCCAGCCCCUUUGCAGAAGAGGGAUGUGAAAUUGGAGCAGUAGAAACAAUGUGUAUUCUAAAGAGAUGCCAGAUCGAGCUCUCUGCUGUGGCAGCCUGGAGCUGGCACUUCCCCCCACCUGCCGUCCUGACCAAUAGGAGGCAACAAGGCUUCAGAUUUAGAGGUGGUGAUCAACAGUUAGGGUUGCUUUGUAAUCCAGGAAAUACUGUAACAUGCCAUGCAGCAUUUUCGUUCAGUUGCCCAACUACUCUUACAGCUGGGAGGCACUUUCUGCAACCCACGUUCAGUCUAGUCCACUAUAAAUUGAACCCACUGGAGUUGUCAUUUGUUUUGUUUUUGUUUGGGGGCUAUCUCCCAGUUAUCCUAGCAGACAGCUGUUUCUCCUUCUUUUCCCCAUCUUUACUGAAUAUUUGACAACAUCUUAUUUCCUCUUCAUCGUUUUUUCCCUCUGGACCAUUGCUUCUCUAAUAGUGAAGUAGGCAUCCCUUGUGAGGCACCUGCAAUUUUUAGAAAAGAUUGAAACUCUGCCCUGACUCCACCACCACCACCACCACCAUAUAUUAUAUGUAUCUUGAAAAAGAAUCUUGUUCACUGGUGAUUGAUCAGUGCUAAAUGCCCAUUGGAAAUCAGCACUAAUACCCAAUUGAUCUUCUUUGGUGGGUAACAACCACUUGUUUCCUCCACAUGCAUGCAAAUGCGCACACAGGCAAACAAACACAUUGUUUACCCAGUUAUUUAUUGCCUUGACCCCUAAGCUAAGAAUUAAAGUGAAUGUUGCAAACUAUGAACCACUCUUCCAGUUCCUUGGGGAGUACUGAGUGAUGAUCCUGUUGACUUGGUAAGACCCAUAAUGACAGCUUUUGGGGAUGCCUGCUCUAGAGUAAGUCUGCAGUUCCUGUGGCCAGUCUUCAUAUGUCAUGUGUUCUGUGUUCUUUAUUGUUUUUGUAGGUCCCCACUUAAUUUGCCUCAAUAUGUUCACAUACUUACAAUUUGAUGACCAAAAGCUUAGCUAGUACACAGUUAUUUUGCUUCAGUGUCAUGUGGGCAGUGUUUCAUUAAAGGCAGCUUAAUCCUUCCUCAUGCAAUUCUUUACACUCAGCUCUACGUUAUACUCAGUUCUAUGUUUCUGACCCUUCCAAUUCUCUAUUAUUCUGCUGCGCUUCCUUGGAAAAGCCAUCAUAGAUCCAGUGCUAAGGAUUUGAACAUAUAUUUUAUUUGCUAAUAGAUUUAUAAACUUAAGAAAUAACAUUCUUCAAGAACAGAUGGGUAUAUAACCCUUUUUGGCAUGCUGCUGCUUAUGGUUUUGUAGGUCUUAAACAAUUUGUUAUAGUCAUGAAUCCAAGAGCUGCAAGCAUUCAUCUUUCACAUGCCCCUUAAAUAUAAAGUCAGCUUUACAACCUGCCUGGCACAUUUGUUGUAGCCAAUAGCUGGCAGUAGCCUUGUAAUCCAGUUUUACCUUCUUCAGUGGAAACCAAGCUAAAGUUAAAAGGCUGCUUGUCUCCUUAAAAUGUAAAAUGUUUCUCUCUUCUAUAAUAAUGAUCAUACUUUUGCAGAAAGGUCAAAAGAGAUCAGACUCUGAAUGCAGAGGUCUAUCCUGGCCUAGAAUCUAUCACAACAGGAAACUGCUCUGUGUGGCCUGAGGUUCUCUGUAAACAGCCCAUGUGAGUCAGAGACCUUGUUGUUAGCUGUCCAAAUCACUGCAUGACAUUUGUAUAAUUGCAACUGUGCAUCUGGAAGGCCUUGGAAAUUUAACUCCAGGGAACUGACUUUAGGGGCUGUGUACAUGCAGCCUACAGUGGCAUCUGCAUAUGGGUGGCUCUGCAGAAAUAUAGAAAAAACACAUUGCAAGAACCUGCAGUCCCAUUCAUCUCCUGUUGUUGUUUCUCCCCAGAUCACCUUCAGAAGUGGGCUGAGGAGCCCUGGAUAUGCAUCUGUCACAUAUGCACCUGGAAAUGCUGACAAUGCUUUCCAUAAUUUUUCUACAUACAUUUUAAAAAUAUUGUUUAGCUCUGCUUCACAAGCAUGCCAUUUCUUCCUCUCUCAUUAUUAAAUUUAGGGACUUGGUUGCAAGAGUAGCAGACCAGGCUUGAUGAAAUCUCUCUUGCUCAAAUAAUAGUAGGUACCCAUAAAAAGACAAAAUAUAGACUGAUGUGAAAUAGAUAUGAACAUAUCCAGAUUCUUGCUAAUCCAAGAAGAUUGUUAUCUAGGACUGUUCACAAUAAAAUAUAGCUCCCCUAUAGCAGCUUAUCCGCAACAUGUGAUUGCAGAAUCAGUGAGAGGCCCCUUAAGAGAUUGCAUAUAGCCCUCUCAAUGAGACAGAGCCACUGAAAGGGAAGGCCUUGCCAGUCUGUUCUUUAAGUCUUCAGAUGACUGUGGUUCUUGAUGGAGACUGUUAGGAUAUUUCCGUUCCACCUUAAAAGGGAGCAGGCUUUGUGAGUCAGAGUCUGCGUAUUUCCUGUUCACAGGAUGUUUAUGUUUUCUGUUGCUUUCGUUUCUCUCUUGGUGUCGCAGACACUAAAUCAGCAGGCAGUCAUGUUUUCUGUGUUCUGAUCAACGCUGAAUAAACUUGUAAAUAAUGCUCUCCUGAUUGCAACUUUUGGCUGUGCUAUCUGCUGAUAAGAGUGUGCAUGAGCUCUGGAAUGUGGCAAGAAAUCUUCGAGAAACUCAUGUCGCUAAUUGUUGAUACUGCGUGACUACGGGAGGUCGAUGGAUCGUCCGGCAGUCGGCUUUGGGGCAUUGAUGGACUUUAUCUCCCUGGCAGUAUCCCAACAACAGGUUUCGGGCCCAGAUUCACAGCACUUACAGGAGAGUAAGACUGCGACAGACUGCUGAAAGGUAUGUGGAGGAAAAGCGAAAGUAAGGCUUUUCUGUUUGCCGCGGCAAGGGCCUUUGAUGUCCGGCUGGCAGAUUAAUGGCUCUGGGAGCCGCGCCAAAGGCCUCAAGAUUUAUGAGCUGCCGAGAUAAGACGUCUCUGACGUGAAUAAGAUUCACGGCUCAAGUAGAAGCCUGGAAUGGAGUUUUCCAGGCUUCUGAGGCUGCUGAGUGCCCAAAGUUAAAUCGGCACAAUUAUGGGACCUGGGCUGUGUGGUGUGAGAGCUUGCUGCGUCAGUUUGGAGUGUGGCAUACUGUGUCUGAAGCCCCUCCAGUUCCUCUGACAGAUAGAUGGGAGGCCGAGAAUUCGAAGGCGAUAGACAUAAUCGUCUUGUCCGUCUCUCUGGAGGAAAUAAAGACGCUAGCUGGCAAUCUGACUGCACGUAAGAUGUGGCAUGCUUUGAAGAUAGCCCAUCUGCCAGUCAUCCCAGCCCAGAGUUUGACUGCAUCGGAGGUCCUGGCUGUUUCCCAGAAUGCGAGUGAAUGCAGGGAUGCCGAGGGCACCGGUUGCAAGCUGCAGGGGAGCUGACUGUCACGUCAUCCCAGGCAGCAUUCCAGCCUCCAGGGGAGCCAAGGAGUCGGCAGCUGAGAGCUCUGUUUCUCGUGGGAGCCAAGGUCAUCGCCUUUGCAGAGGCCGGAAGGGCAAAGGUAAACAGAGGCAGACGCCUGCAGAUGGCCAGAAGCAGAGGGAGGGUGAAGAGCCCACGCCAGUGGAAAACAAGGUUUUGUUUGCUGGCACAGCCUCACCAAAGGCUAAAGGCAAGUCUGAUGGCCAGGAGCAGGGGGGCAAGCUGCAAAAGCCCACGCCGGUGGAAAACAAGGUUUUGCUUGCUGCAAAGGCUGCUCCAAAAGCCAAGGCCAGGUUUGUUGUUGAUUCAGGCUGUACCCGCCAUGUCUCAAAGGACCGCCACCUCUUUAUCUCCUUCUCGCCUCGAGAAGGUGAGAUCCACCUGGCUGAUGGAAAGUCGUUGCGAAUUGCGGGAGAAGGGACUGUGAAACUGGCAAGUCUGCACACGACCAUCAAAGAUGUACUGUAUGUUCCAGGUGCUGCAGACAAUUUGCUCAGUGUCCCACAGCUGACUGGGCGUGGUUUUGAGAUUUCCUUCAAGAGGAGCGUCUGUGUCAUCAGAAAAGGCAAAGAGGACAUUUUGCAUGCAAAGUUUAUGGAUGGCUUGUUCUGUAUAACUUAUGAUGACAUUGGUGCUGUUGUGUCUAAUGCUGAUUCUUGUUGUGUUGCACAAACUAACAAAGUUCUUCAUGCAGGAUGCAUUCAUGAUGCACACAGAAGAUUUUGUCACAUGUCUUGGCAGGCGCUGGCCAAGAUGCCAGAGAUGGUUGAGGGUUUGAACAUCAAACCCUGUAAGUUUCACAUGAAAUGUGUAUCUUGUGCAGAGAACAAGGUGAAGGUUGCUCCAAAGGCAAGGAGUCUAGCAGGCAGGCUUCCAAACCCUACCAGCUAGUGCACGCAGACCUGGUUGGUCCACUUGCGCCCUCUUUGGGUGGAGCAAGGUACUUCAUGGUUCUAAUUGAUUCUUUUUCCAGGUACAUUCAUGUGUUUAUGCUCGAGCAGAAAUCGCAAGCGUUUCCUAAGUUCAAGGCAUUCUGUGCUUGGUUGGAGAAUGUUCACGGUAAACGCAUUGGCUGUCUGUUUACUGAUCAGGGCGGGGAGUUCACUUCUCAGCAGUUUGAAGCUUUCCUGACUGAGAAGGGAAUCCGGCAUGACUUGUCAACGCCUAGAUCGCCAUGGAUGAAUGGGCUUGCGGAGCGAGCAAAUCAAACGUUGCUGCAAGGAAUGAAAACCUUGUUGCAUGAUGCCAAUCUCCUGAUAAGUAUUGGGGGGAGGCUCUGGCGAAUUUUGCUUACACUUAUAAUCGCAGAUUGUCAUCACCUAUUGGUUGUACUCCCUAUGAGAAGAUGUUUGGUAAGAAACCCAACAUCAAGCACAUGAGAAUCUUUGGUUCUGACAUGUGGGUACACACCCCACAGAGCAACAAGCUUGGGAAGCGUGGGGCACAUGGUUUGUUCAUGGGGUACGAAAAGGUGCAUACAGGGUAUGGAUGACCAACUCUAAGUCCAUUAAGUUCACAAAGAGUGUUGAGUACAAUCCUAAGUGGGGAAAAUGUGGGAAUUUUCCAGAGUUACCCAGAGGAGGAUGAAGGUGAUGUCAAAGAAGCAGCUAAAGCUGAGGAAGCUGCUGAGGAUGAUGAUGCGAUGAUGAUCAGAGUUCGGAUUCCAGUUCAGUGGGCGGCGCUGCUGCUGAUGUCGGUGACAGUGAUGACACAGCAGACUACAAGAGCGCAAAGGCCUCAGUCAGACCAUCUGAUGCGUCUGACAAUGAACUGGAAGAACCACUGUUCACCAUUGGUCACUUUUCUCCUAAGAAGGAGGAGAUGAGUCCAGAAGACUUGCGUCUAGUACGCAGAUCUGAAAGAGCCACCAAGGGCAGACCUCCAAAGAGAUUUGCUGAUGAGUUUGCUAAGACAGCAACUGCUGUUCUUAGUAGCUCAGAGAAGGUGUGGGAACCUUCAAGCUUCAAAGAGGUUCAGGAGUUAACCUCUAAAGAUGCUGAGCCUUGGCUUAAUGCCAUGAAGGCUGAAGUUGAUUCCUUGAAUAGGAACCAAACUUGGGAAUUGGUACCGGUAGUCCCAGGAAUGAGACUGGUUGGCAGCAAAUGGGUCUUCAAGGCCAAGACAGACCAGAAUGGCAAGGUAGUCAGACACAAAGCCAGAUUGGUUGCCAGAGGUUUUUCACAGGUACCAGGACAGGAUUACCACGAGACCUACUCACCCACCGUCAAAUAUGAGAGCAUUCGGCUGAUGCUCAAGAUAGCUGCAGAGGAGAAACUGCAUGUUUCCCAUCAUGACAUUAAUACAGCUUUGUACGGGAUUUUGGACGAGGAGCUGUUUAUGCUUCCACCUGAUGGAAUGCAGAUACAGAAGGGAAUGGUCUGUAAACUGCGGAAAUCCUUAUAUGGUCUCAAGCAGAGUGCCAGGUGUUGGAACACAAAACUCACUGAGACAUUGCUUUCUCUAGGUUUUCACCAGGGCAAAGCUGAUCCAUGUGUGUUUGUCAAGGAGGAGGGGCAAAACAAACUGUAUUGUUUAUGUUUUGUUGAUGAUCUUCUGAUGUUUUGGAAGAAUCAGGCUUUCUACCAAAGCACCCUAGCUCAGCUGAAGGAGCACUUUGACAUGAAGGAUCUUGGUGAGGUAUCCAACUAUCUUUCUCUGCAGGUGGAGAGGGACCAAGCAGGUAAUUUUCUGGUACACCAAACACAGAAAAUUGCUGAUGUAUUAACCAGGUUGAAUUUGGUUGAUGCAAACCCAGCAGACACACCGAUGGUGACAGGUUACCAGGUAGACAGUACUGCUGAAGCGUUUUCUGACACAACGCUGUACAGAUGCAUUCUAGGCAAGUUGAAUUUCAUUGCUAGAUGCUCAAGACCUGACAUAGCUGUAAGCUGCUAACCUGCUUAGCAGACAUGCUAACAAUCCUACUGUUCAGGAUUGGAAAGCUCUGAAGCGCAUAGCCCGCUAUUUGAAAGGGACUUUGCACUACAGGCUGAGGUUCACCAGUCAGAAGACUGGAGGUCUUGAAAUCUUUGCAGAUGCAAGUUUUGGAAGUGACACCACGGAUGGUACAAGCACUUCUGGAGUAUGCUACAUGUACAACCACUGCCUGUUUGACUGGUUGUGCAAAAGCAGACGACAGUGAGCCUAAGUUCCUGUGAAGCAGAACUCAAUGCUCUGUCAUUUUCACUCAUGGAUUGUGAAUGGUUGAUGCAACUGUUUAAGGACAUCGGAGUUUCUGUGAAAUGUCCUGUACAAGUGUAUCAAGACAAUAGAUCGUGUUUGGCUUUGCUGAACUCGGAGAGUUGCAAGCAAAGGACCAAGUACUUGCAGAUUAAGCUACAUCGUGCAAGAGAGUGUAUUCAGAAAGGACUCAUUCAGGUGUCCUACAUGCCAGGAAAUGAAAUUCCUGCUGAUCUGUUGUCUAAGGUUGUUAACAGAGAACAACUUAAGGUUUACGUACAAAGGUUGCAAUUGGGUUGAACCACAGGUACUACAGGUUACACGGAAAGGGGAGGAUGUUAGGAUAUUUCCGUUCCACCUUAAAAGGGAGCAGGCUUUGUGAGUCAGAGUCUGCGUAUUUCCUGUUCACAGGAUGUUUAUGUUUUCUGUUGCUUUCGUUUCUCUCUUGGUGUCGCAGACACUAAAUCAGCAGGCAGUCAUGUUUUUCUGUGUUCUGAUCAACGCUGAAUAAACUUGUAAAUAAUGCUCUCCUGAUUGCAACUUUUGGCUGUGCUAUCUGCUGAUAAGAGUGUGCAUGAGCUCUGGAAUGUGGCAAGAAAUCUUCGAGAAACUCAUGUCGCUAAUUGUUGAUACUGCGUGACUACGGGAGGUAGAUGGAUCGUCCGGCAGACGGCUUGGGGGCCUUGGUGGACUUUAUCUCCCUGGCAGUAUCCCAACAACGACAUCAUCUAUACCUGUAUAGCAAUGAACACUGGGAGCUGCCCAGGGGCUUGCUCUGAUCUUUUUUAUCUUGCCCUUGACUUUCCCACCAAGCCCCAGAAGAACAUGAUACCACGUUGUGUGCAGUGAUCUCAAUAUUCUAGCGCAACAGUAUUUGAAGUAAUGGUAUUUUGAUGCUCCUUGGCAAUUCCUUAAAUCCUGAAAUAUUAGUCUUAGAACUCUUCAGUUUUUUCCUUCUCAGAUGUGGAGCUCUGCCUGUCUCAAGAAGACCUAAAUCAGCAAACCAAUCUCCCUUCCUUCUGUUUCUGGGUAGGUCCAGCAGGGUUUCUAGGUUUGGUUCUGGAAUGGGGUUCUCUCAUACCAGCAUUCCUUCCCUUUGUCUUGGCUUGCAGACUCUUGGAGAGCAUUAAGCUCCUGGGUUCUCCUGGCGCAUCUACUGACUUUGUCCUACCCAGCAAUAGAAGGGACAUGUCUGUCCUUCUUCUCCGUCUGCAUGCCUCCUGGACUUCAUCUGCUGGCUCUUCUUCCAUUGGUCUAAGUCAGGGGUACCAGCUUGUUCAUCUUCAGAUGUUGUUGAAGUUCAUAUGUCAUCAGCCCCAGACAGCAUGACCAGUGGUCAGGGAUAAUGGAAGUCAGAGUCCAGAAACAUCUGGAGGGGGCGCCAUUCUGCCUUCCCCUGGUCUAAGUGCAUGAGGGGCAACCUAUCUGAACUGAACCAAGUAAGCAGCUUUCUUCAGGGAUCUUGAGCAUAGUUGCUGCAGCUGUUCCAUUACCUCCAUCAUGAUCACAGAAUAUGCCUAAUUUGUCAGAAGCAGGAAAGGUGCUGAAUUCAGAACUUUGAGGCAGAGCUAAUGGUUUAUUGCUACAGCUAGAUGCAUGGAUAUUCCAAUCCUAGAUAUUUGCAGAAGCAAAUUCCUCCUGUUUUGCCCCUAGUUGCCUUGUCCAUUGUUCCUCUGUAAGACAUUUACUUUCUUGGCCAGCUCCCAGCACUUACACCAGAAGACAUCAGUCCAUCAUUAAUCCUGGUUAAGCAAGACUUUUCACUGUGGGAAUAGCUUUCUGGGGCUAACUAGUCCCAAACUAAGUGGUUAUUGUCCAGGCAGAAGUCUCAGAUUAAUUGUUUUUAGUGAAAACAUUUUGAUAAUAGAUAUUUUGGCUGUUUACCCAACAGGUGAAUGCAACAGUAGGGAUUAACUACGUCUUUCCCCAUUUAUUACACCUGGGAAGACCCAAAGGCGCUCAGCCUACUGACACACCCCAUUAUAGUGAGUGCAUCAACUAACAAAAGUCUCCUAUUUAAAUAGAGCAUUGCAUCCUAGGAGCUGCAGUUGCCCCUGUUGAUGGCUAAAGUGUACAACACCAUCCACCACAUUAGGCCUGUGAGGCACCACUGAAUUGUCUAAAUAAAUCCUGAGCGGAAUGGAGCAAGCAUUUGUGAGAAGCUCCCACUCCUGUUACCAACACAAACAAACCAGCCCCACACCACCUGUUUCCCUUCUCCCUCACCACAUGGAACUUCCAGGCCCCACCCCACCUCCUGACCUCUAGCUGCAGCUGCUCCCUGCGUCUGUGGGUAUCCCCUCUAUCCCACCUACCAUCAGAUCAAGAGAGAGAAAGGAGUUGCUUUUUGCACUAGCUCAAGCCACCCAGAGAGUGUGCUUUUUCAUCUUUGCAUUUCUGCAAUCACAACCCCACCCUCUCCUUUCUAUUCUGUUUUUUAAUGUUAUUGUUGUUAUUAUUAUUAAUUCAUCUCUGGCUUUUCAGGAGUGCUCAUACACAGCGGAGUCUUUCAUCACUACUGUAUAAUAGAACAGGAACUCUGUGCCAAGGACUGUUUUCUAUUUUAUUUUAAGGGUUUAUAAAACAGUGUAUGUAAUUGAGUGAGUAAACUGAACGUUUUCUGGAGCCCCUGAGGGCUGGAGCUUCGUGGUGGUCCUGGGUUUGGGCCCUAGCCCCUUCUCUCUCUUCCCACACACCCUUUCUUCUCCUCCUCCUCCUCCUCCUCCUCCUCCUCCUCCUCUUUUACAGCUUAGCUUUGCCAUCACCAGCAGCAAUCUGUCUGGAGCUAAUUGAGCAAACAACAAGGAGAUGCUUUCAUAUUCCCCCUGAAGGCAGGGCUCUCCAGGACAGAUGCUGCCAGCGAAUAGCGGCUGUCCGGUGGAGGAAAGCACUUUGUCAUGAAUGCCCAGUGCCAUGAUGGAGUUUUGUUGGGACUGAGUCAUUUCUGUCCCUGUGUUUAUUCAAAUUGCAGUUUGAUUGCAACAGUAGUUCAUCAGCCUUCUAGAUCCCAAGCUUUCUGUGGGGGGCUCUCUGUCUGAGUUUCCCAAGGAGUUUGCUUGUUGCAGCACUCCUCUGUUCCCAGCAGAAAUUCCUGCGUAACAAGUGACACAUUUUCCAAGCCAUUCAGGUUGGAGCACCCAGAACAAAUGGGCCAGGCAAUGCUCCCUCACCAAGCACUAAUCAGACAUUUUGAUGUGGCUCUGGAUCUGCUUGGCACAGAUGCUCUCAGUCUGAAACAAUUGUGCCAAGCAGAGCCCAAAUUCUGGGACCUUUUUGAAAGUACCUUCUUUAAUCCCUCUCUUUUCUUUGCGGCUUGAAUGCAUCUGUAACCUUGCCAAUGGCAAAUAAAAGACAGCCUGGUAAGAAAAUUUUGAGGAGGUGGAGAAUUUGCAAAACCCUAUCUGGGUUUUAGAACAGGGUGAAGCCAGCUGAAAAGAACUGCCUCUCGACCCGGGACUGAAAACUCCCAGAGAGCCCUUUGGUUUCUGCUAAUUCUGGGCCCACUUCCGUACGGGGCUGACAGAAGAGGGUUCAGCUUCUUGCCAAAGGGAGGUUGGUCUGGGUGGGGUCGUACUGUGAUUUAGUUUCUACAGCGUUUCCUUCCUUUAGGCCAGUGUGACUCCACGCUGAUUUCCAGAUAUACACCUGCCAGCUACAGCUGCUGGUUGCUCUCUGCCUUUGUUGCAUGUGGCAGUGAUUGAUACUUGCAAGCACUCUCAUUCAAGGCACCUUCUAAUGUUUGGUUAGGUGCCUGCCUCAGACAGGAACAGAUAAUUUGUUUGCUGUGCCUAACUUACCAAAGAAUCUGUGCCCCUCCCCCUCAAAAAUAAAUAAAUUCAUUUCUAAAUUGGGUAAGGCAUAGGUUUUAAAUAACUCAUUUUUUAAAAUGUGUUUCUCUUUCUCUUACAGCUAAGCACAUUAAUGAAGUUAUCAUGGGUACUGAACAGCUGAUGGAAAUCUGAAUUUGACAGAUUUAAAAGAGGGUUUUCUGGCUGCCUGAGCUUAUGGCAUGGCAGGAGCCUGCAGUCCUGUUUCAUGAUCUGACUCCUAGCAUCGUUGACACCAGUAUCCUCUCCAGCUUUUAACUUCUUAUUUACACCUUAAUAAAUAAAUAUUUACAAGAACA